CAGGACAGUGAGGAAGCCAGCAUUGUGUGGGAGAGGCUGGGAGAGAAGGAGCUAUUAAAGGGGGAGGUAGGACUGGCUGAUGUCACAGCCCUGAAUACUGCACUGGGAGUCAGACUCACUGCAUCAGCUGCAUCAUGUCUGUCAGGGAGGUCCAGGCUGCAGGUAAGAUGCUACAAACACCAUCACUACUGAGGGACUGCAGGGCAAAACUCUGCUUUUAACUCCUGGGUCGUCUCCACUUACUCAGUUAACCAUCUGAUUGCUGAGUGCCUGGCAUGGCACCAUGUGAAUGCCAGAAGGCAGUCUAUGUUUGUUACACUGGAUCAUUGUAGUAACUCAUCCUAAUUCUGCAUCUUGGGUUAAUGGGACCAAUGUGUUUUAUCAUACAGAAUGUGGGGUUUGGGAUAUUACCCCAUAGUGUCAGUGGGUUUGGGAUAUUACCCCAUAGUGUCAGUGGGUGUGAGAUAUUACCCCAUAGUGUCAGUGGGUUUAGGAUAUUACCCCAUAGUGUCAGUGGGUGUGAGAUAUUACCCCAUAGUGUCAGUGGGUUUGGGAUAUUACCCCAUAGUGUCAGUGGGUUUAGGAUAUUACCCCAUAGUGUCAGUGGGUUUGGGAUAUUACCCCAUAGUGUGAUGGGGUUUGGGAUUUUAGCCCAUAGUAUGAGUGGGUGUGAGAUAUUACCCCAUAGUUAUUGUGGGUUUGGGAUAUUACCCCAUAAUGUGAGUGGGUUUGGGAUAUUACCCCAUAGUUAGUGUGGAUUUGGGAUAUUACCCCAUAGUGUAAGUGGGUUUGGGAUAUUAGCCCGUAAUAUGAGGGGGUUUGGGAUAUUACCCCAUAGUUAGUGUGGGUUUGGGAUAUUACCCCAUAGUUAGUGUGGGUUUGGGAUACUACCCCAUAGUGUCAGUGGGUUUGGGAUAUUACCCCAUAGUAUCAGUGGGUGUGAGAUAUUACCCCAUAGUGUCAGUGGGUUUGGGAUAUUACCCUAUAGUGUGAGUGGGUUUGGGAUUUUAGCCCAUAGUAUGAGUGGGUGUGAGAUAUUACCCCAUAGUCAUUGUGGGUUUGGGAUAUUACCCCAUAAUGUGAGUGGGUUUGGGAUAUUACCCCAUAGUUAGUGUGGGUUUGGGAUAUUACCCCAUAGUGUAAGUGGGUUUGGGAUAUUAGCCCGUAAUAUGAGGGGGUUUGGGGUAUUACCCCAUAGUAUGAGUGGGUUUGGGAUAUUACCCCAUAGUGUGAGUGGGUUUGGGAUGUUACCCCAUAGUGUCAGUGGGUUUGAUAUAUUACCCCAUAGUGUGAGGGGGUUUGGGAUAUUACCCCAUGGUGUGAGUGGGUUUGGGAUAUUACCACAUAGUGUCAGUGGGUUUGGGAUAUUACCCCAUAGUGUGAGUGGGUUUGGGAUAUUACCCCAUAGUGUGAGGGGGUUUGGGAUAUUACCCCAUAGUGUCAGUGGGUUUGAUAUAUUACCCCAUAGUGUGAGUGGGUUUGGGAUAUUACACCAUAGUGUGAGUGGGUUUGGGAUAUUACCCCAUAGUGUGAGUGGGUUUGGGAUAUUACCCCAUAGUGUGAGUGGGUUUGGGAUAUUACCCCAUAGUGUGAGUGGGUUUGGGAUAUUAGCCCAUAGUGUCAGUGGGUUUGAUAUAUUACCCCAUAGUGUCAGUGGGUUUGAUAUAUUACCCCAUAGUGUGAGGGGGUUUGGGAUAUUACCCCAUAGUGUGAGUGGGUUUGGGAUAUUACCCCAUAGUGUGAGUGGGUUUGGGAUAUUACCCAUAGUGUCAGUAUAUAUUACCCCAUAGUGUGAGUGGGUUUGGGAUAUUACCCCAUAGUGUGAGUGGGUUUGGGAUAUUACCCCGUAGUGUGAGUGGGUUUGGGAUAUUACCCCAUAGUGUGAGUGGGUUUGAUAUAUUACCCCAUAGUGUCAGUGGGUUUGGGAUAUUACCCCAUAGUGUGAGUGGGUUUGGGAUAUUACCCCAUAGUGUGAGGGGGUUUGGGAUAUUACCCCGUAGUGUGAGGGGGUUUGGGAUAUUACCCCAUAGUGUGAGUGGGUUUGAUAUAUUACCCCAUAGUGUCAGUGGGUUUGGGAUAUUACCCCAUAGUGUGAGGGGGUUUGGGAUAUUACCCUACAGUGUGAGUGGAUUGGGGGUUUUAUUAUGUAGUAUGUGUAGGACUGCGGUAUUACUCCACAUUGUGAGUGGAUUUGAGGUAUACUCCUGCAGAGUGAGUGGGGUUGAGGUAUACUCCUGCAGAGUCAGUGGGGUUGAGGUAUACUCCCGCAGAGUCAGUGGGGUUGAGGUAUACUCCUGCAGAGUGAGUGGGGUUGAGGUAUACUCCUGCAGAGUGAGUGGGGUUGAGGUAUACUCCUGCAGAGUGAGUGGGGUUGAGGUAUACUCCUGCAGAGUCAGUGGGGUUGAGGUAUACUCCUGCAGAGUGAGUGGGGUUGAGGUAUGGCGCUAUAACAUUUGUUGGUUUGGGAUAUUACCUGACAGCAUUGUUACUGUGCAGGUUGCAUUGACAGUUAAUAGCAAACAAGUAUGUCCCUAACAAUAUACAAAAGAUUCAAUAAUGUAAUAAGCAAUAAUACUUAGCUUAUAAAGACGUGUUUAUCUUUGUACUGUGUAUUGAUACAUAGUUAUUAUUUUAAUUGUGAUUCCUGAGGAAGUUCAUACAGAACGAAACACGUAGGACUUUUUCUCUGUAAUCCAUAUCCUAUGCUGAAUUGGUGACUAGAUUUUUAUAUUGAAACCUGACCUGUGGAUGACUUUUGGUGGAACAAGGAUCCAGAGGUGAUAAGAAAUACCAGCUAGCCCCCAUCACAUCCGGGGAGGCACCCUAAGAGCGCUUAUACCGUUCAUAUCUUGUGAGUGAAAAAGAUAACUGCGCACAGUAUACUGUGUUCCAUAACAAUAUCACACUAUGUUUUGUUUUAUGUUUCUCCUGUAGAUUUAUACAGCCAUAUCCCGAAUCUUCUUUGUUUUGGUUUACCAUGCAUUGACAGUUAGGCUGUGUAUUAUACAGUGCAGGUCGCAGUGACAGUCUGUAUUAUACAGUGCAGGUCGCAGUGACAGUCUCUGUAUUAUGCAGUGCAGGUCGCAGUGACAGUCUGUGUAUUAUGCAGUGCUGGUUGCAGUGACAGUCUCUGUAUUAUGCAGUGCAGGUCGCAGUGACAGUCUGUGUAUUAUUCAGUGCUGGUUGCAGUGACAGUCUCUGUAUUAUGCAGUGCAGGUCGCAGUGACAGUCUAUGUAUUAUGCAGUGCUGGUUGCAGUGACAGUCUGUGUAUUAUGCAGUGCAGGUUGCAGUGACAGUCUGUGUAUUAUGCAGUGCUGGGUGUAGUGACAGUCUCUGUAUUAUGCAGUGCAGGUCGCAGUGACAGUCUGUGUAUUAUGCAGUGCUGGUUGCAGUGACAGUCUCUGUAUUAUGCAGUGCAGGUCGCAGUGACAGUCUGUGUAUUAUGCAGUGCUGGUUGCAGUGACAGUCUCUGUAUUAUGCAGUGCAGGUCGCAGUGACAGUCUGUGUAUUAUUCAGUGCUGGUUGCAGUGACAGUCUCUGUAUUAUGCAGUGCAGGUCGCAGUGACAGUCUGUGUAUUAUGCAGUGCUGGUUGCAGUGACAGUCUCUGUAUUAAUCAGUGCAGGUUGCAGUGACAGUCUGUGUAUUAUGCAGUGCUGGGUGUAGUGACAGUCUCUGUAUUAUGCAGUGCAGGUCGCAGUGACAGUCUGUGUAUUAUGCAGUGCUGGUUGCAGUGACAGUCUCUGUAUUAUGCAGUGCAGGUCGCAGUGACAGUCUGUGUAUUAUGCAGUGCUGGGUGUAGUGACAGUCUCUGUAUUAUGCAGUGCAGGUCGCAGUGACAGUCUGUGUAUUACGCAGUGCUGGGUGCAGUGACAGUCUGUGUAUUAUGGAGUGCAGGUUGCAGUGACAGUCCCUGUAUUAUGCAGUGCUGGGUGCAGUGACAGUCUGUGUUUCAUGCAGUGCAGGUCGCAGUGACAAUCUGUGUAUCAUGCAGUGCUGGGUGCAGUGACAGUCUGUGUAUUAUGCAGUGCAGGUUGCAGUGACAGUCUGUGUAUUAUGCAGUGCUGGGUGUAGUGUCAGUCUCUGUAUUAUGCAGUGCAGGUUGCAGUGACAGUCUGUUUAUUAUGCAGUGCAGGUCAUAGUGACAGUCUGUAUUAUGCAGUGCAGGUCAUAUUGACAGUCUGUAUUAUGCAGUGCUGGGUGCAGUGACAGUCUCUGUAUUAUGCAGUGCAGGUCACAGUGAUGGUUAGUCUGUGUAUUAUGCAGUGCAGAUUGCAGUGGCAGUCUGUGUAUUAUGCAGUGCUGGGUGCAGUGACAGUCUGUGUAUUAUGCAGUGCUGGGUGCAGUAGUAGUGUACAGUUUCCUAUUUUAAUUACAAUUCUUACUUUAAUUCAGUGCAUACACCACGAAGAGAUAAUACAUUUUGUCCAUGGGGCAAAUUUAAAUAACUCGCUUUUUGUAAACCAGAACUCCCAGCUCUCUGUGUGGCCGGUCCGGCGCAUGCAGAAUGCAGUAUAUAUGGGACUGACAGAGGUGUGAUGUUAUAUACAUCAGUAUACUGCACAGCAUGGGGUGAGAUCUGUACAUUCUGAGAGAAUCACACCCUGUUUGCUACCUGAUCACUGGAGUUAUGGGUGUCUCAAUAGGCAGCGACAGUAACAGCACACAGCCAGCACUGCAUUAUGUAUCCUGCACCAGGCCCAGAACAUCCUGCAUGCAGUGACAGUAACAGCACACAGCCAGCAUUGCAUUAUGUAUCCUGCACCAGGCCCAGAACAUCCUGCAUGCAGCGACAGUAACAGCACACAGCCAGCACUGCAUUAUGUAUCCUGCACCAGGCCCAGAACAUCCUGCAUACAGUGACAGUAACAGCACACAACCAGCACUGCAUUAUGUAUCCUGCACCAGGCCCAGAACAUCCUGCAUGCAGUGACAGUAACAGCACGCAGCCAGCACUGCAUUAUGUAUCCUGCACCAGGCCCAGAACAUCCUGCAUGCAGUGACAGUAACAGCACGCAGCCAGUACUGCAUUAUGUAUCCUGCACCAGGCCCAGAACAUCCUGCAUGCAGUGACAGUAACAGCACGCAGCCAGCACUGCAUUAUAUAUCCUGCACCAGGCCCAGAACAUCCUGCAUGGAGUGACAGUAACAGCACGCAGCCAGCACUGCAUUAUGUAUCCUGCACCAGGCCCAGAACAUCCUGCAUGCAGUGACCAUAACAGCACACUGCAUGCACUGCAUUAUGUAUCCUGCACCAGGCCCAGAACAUCCUGCAUGCAGUGACAGUAACAGCACGCAGCCAGCACUGCAUUAUGUAUCCUGCACAGGCCCAGAACAUCCUGCAUGCAGUGACAGUAACAGCACGCAGCCAGCACUGCAUUAUGUAUCCUGCACCAGGCCCAGAACAUCCUGCAUGCAGUGACAGUAACAGCACGCAGCCAGCACUGCAUUAUGUAUCCUGCACCAGGCCCAGAACAUCCUGCAUGCAGUGACAGUAACAGCACGCAGCCAGCACUGCAUUAUGUAUCCUGCACCAGGCCCAGAACAUCCUGCAUGCAGUGACAGUAACAGCACGCAGCAGCACUGCAUUAUGUAUCCUGCACCAGGCCCAGAACAUCCUGCAUGCAGUGACAGUAACAGCACGCAGCCAGCACUGCAUUAUGUAUCCUGCACCAGGCCCAGAACAUCCUGCAUGCAGUGACAGUAACAGCACGCAGCCAGCACUGCAGUAGUAAUCACUGAACGUGUCUCAGCCAUUGCAAUGACACAUCACUGGGUUAAAGGUAGAUAGAAGUAAUUGACAUUGUUCUCCAGGAUCUGAUGUAGCCAGCUACCAUUAAUGUCAUUUGAAGAUGUACUUUAAUUUCCAGUACAGCCCCGGGAGAAUCGCAGCAAACUGCUCAAAAAUCCAUAUUGUGCUGGGAGCCUCUCUUCACGUUUACUUACAUUGUAUCAGACAUUCUGAGAUCCAUAUGUGUCUGUCUGAAUGUUAAUAUUCAUUCCUAAAGAGAAACACGUGGUAUCACACACACUCUCACUCUCACACACAGACACACACACACACACACACACAUAGCAAGAGGGCGUCCAGUAUCAGUAAGCCGACCAAAAUUGUCCUAGUCACUCAGAAGUGCCUCUAGUGGCUGUCUCAGAAACUGCAAUAAUUACCAUUGCAGGGUUAAAGGGACAGGGACAUUGCACCCAGACCACAUGAAUGAGCGGAAGUGAUCUGGGUGCCUACAAUAUCCCUUUAACAUUAGCCUUUCUAUAACUCCUGGUCCAGACUGGCUACUGAUACAACUAAAUGUGGUCUUACACCUUUGGGAAUAAAGUGUAUUGUCUCUAUAUUUGCAGCAAUUUGAGCAUGCACCAUAACCACUUCAAAUCACUGAAGUGGUCAUGGUGAAGGGCCCAGAGGGUAGGACAAUAUUUUGAGUCUUGGUUACCCAUGAGUUUCCUCCAGAGGGUUGUGUUCCGCAUCUGAUCGUUGCCAUCACACUAAAGGAGGGAGUGGCUACUCCUUACCUCCAGAGCCUCUCCUUCCAUGCAGUCCUAAAUACAGCGGCCGGGUCCAGCGUUAGGAAGGAUGCCGGCCUGCUGCAAGGCGGCGCUAUAUAGUAACGCCACCCACAAUAACGUCAAUGGUGAUGUGAGCCUCACGUUUUCGCCCUGCAUGCACGUUCUGGGGUCAUGUGACCAAAAUCAGCCAAUAGCAGGGUUUACUGGGUUUUAAACCCAAACCUGCAGUUGUUCAGUGCCCUGUCGUGGUUUCCAUCCUGUCGGUUAUCCGAGAGUGCGUUCCUGAUUCUGUUUGUUUUUUGAUCUUGGCUUGACUUCAUGUAUUUCUGGUAUCCAUGACCCUUUGGCUUUGUUCUUACCGUAUGUGUUCCUUUCUGUAUUCCUGACCUCGGCUUGUGACGGUUUAUUCUCUAAUGUUAAUUGCGGCCAUUCUAAGGCCCGGUAAUACGUUGUUACUGUUUGUCUUUGUUAUGUGUUUUACUUAAUUUUGUAUUGGGUCACAGGUUUGUCCUGACACUAAUCUUAUUGAUUUUUUUUUUUUUGAUUGGGUAACUAAAAUGAUAGAUCAGGGUGGUGCAGUAGACAUUGCUUACCUAGAUUUCAGUAAGGCUUUUGACACUGUUGCACAUAGAAGGCUUAUCAAUAAACUGCAAUCUUUAAGUUUGGAUUCCAAUAUUGUUGAAUGGGUAAGGCAGUGGCUGAGUAACAGGCAACAGAGGGUUGUAGUUAAUGGAAUAUAUUCGAAGCUUGGACUUGUCACCAGUGGGGUACCUCAGGGAUCUGUACUUGGACCCAUUCUCUUUAAUAUUUUUAUUAGUGAUAUUGCAGAAGGUCUUGAUGGUAAGGUAUGUCUUUUUGCUGAUGAUACUAAGAUAUGUAACAGGGUUGUUGUUCCAGGAGGGAUAAGCCAAAUGACAAAUGAUUUAGGUAAACUAGAAAAAUGGUCAGAAUUGUGGCAACUGACAUUUAAUGUGGAUAAGUGCAAGAUAAUGCAUCUUGGACGUAAAAACCCAAGGGCAGAGUACAGAAUAUUUGAUAGAGUCCUAACCUCAACAUAUGAGGAAAGGGAUUUAGGGGUGAUUAUUUCUGAUGACUUAAAGGUAGGCAGACAAUGUAAUAGAGCAGCAGGAAAUGCUAGCAGAAUGCUUGGUUGUAUAGGGAGAGGUAUUAGCAGUAGAAAGAGGGAAGUGCUCAUGCCAUUGUACAGAACACUGGUGAGACCUCACUUGGAGUAUUGUACACAGUACUGGAGACCGUAUCUUCAGAAGGAUAUUGAUACCUUAGAGAGGGUUCAGAGAAGGGCUACUAAACUGGUUCAUGGAUUGCAGGGAUAAAACUUACCAGGAAAGGUUAAAGGAUCUUAACAUGUAUAGCUUGGAGGAAAGACGAGACAGGGGGGAUAUGAUAGAAACAUUUAAAUACAUAAAAGGAAUCAACACAGUAAAGGAGGAGACUAUAUUUAAAAGAAGAAAAACUACCACAACAAGAGGACAUUAGAGGAGCAAAGGUUUAAAAAUAAUAUCCGGAAGUAUUACUUUACUGAGAGAGUAGUGAAUGCAUGGAAUAGCCUUCCGGCUGAAGUGGUAGAGUUUAACACAGUAAAGGAGUUGUAGCGGAGCGACAAUAAUAAAUCCCACGAUCUCCGCUGGUUCAGAAGGUAAUCCACAGUCAAGCGCUGAAAAGUAAGGCAAUAUCCCAAAUCUCCCAGUAACCGGACGAAACACAGUUCUGAGAGUCAACUGAAGGCUUUAUCCACAGGCUCCACAAUUUAUACAAGUCCCCACUGGAAUGUACCGUUAAGUGGAUUAUCCCUCCGUGCAGCAGAACCGGCAAUUUACUUUAAAAUAUACAGUUUUUUGAAUAUUGGGUCUAUUUGCACGAAUGGACGUUCGGUAGAUAGCUGAGGUCUGAGCGCAUCAUUUGUGAGAUUACCACUCAGAUCCCAGCUAAAACAACCGAACGCCGCACGAAAAACAUAUUCAUCAAAACACACAUUUAAAAGACCGAUUGAUAUAUGGGGAAUAAAAUACUGAACGGCCCGGAACUCCCGAACGGCCUGGAAGUCCAGCGGUGUUCGCGCCGUCGAGUAGCCGUUUUUAGUACCACGCGCUCGACGACCAAACACUGCUGGAGGAACAAAGGAUCCAAGAUGGCCGACCGCCGCAUGGUCGGUAGUCGAACGACGGCCACCUAGGAGAGCCUCUAAUUACCGAUUGCAACAUUGUCGCAAUCGGUUAACGAGCGCCACACAUCUUUCAAUGUGUGGGCUAUACAUGUGGGUCUUAUUCGGUUCACGAAUGGCCCGCAAAGGCGCUGUUCGUGAAACGAAAGGAAAUCUGCUAUCUGCUAUCUGCUUUCGGCAGAUAGCCAAUGCAAGCAAUACAGUGUUAAGCAAUCACAGUCUAUACACACAGAAACAUACGCAUCCUCAAAACAGCACAGGCAACCCUUAAAGCUAUAGUCCUUAUGUAAUGUCCAAUGCACUCAGACCACUUCAGCUCAAUAAAGUGGUCUGGAUGCCAGGUCCAUCUAGGAUUAACCCUGCAGAUGUAAACAAAGCAGUUUCAGAGAAACUGCCAUGUUUACUUUAGGGUUAAUCCAGCCUCUAGUGGCUGUCUCAUUGACAGCCGCUAGAGGCGCUACUCACUGUGAUUUUUACAGUGAGAAGACGACAGCGUCCAUAGGAAAGCAUUGAGUAAUGCUUUCCUAUGGACUGGCUGAAUGCGCGCAUGGCUCUUGCCGCGCAUGCGCAUUCAGCCGAUGACGUCGGAAGGAGGAGAAGAGUCCCCAGCGCCAAGGGGGCCCGACGCUGGAGAAAGGUAAGUGUUUAACCCCCUUCCUCCCCAUAGAGCCCGGCGGGAGUGGGACCAUGAGGGUGGGGGCACUAUAGUGCCAGGAAAACAUACUUGUUUUCCUGGCACUAUAGUGCCCUGAGGGUGCCCCCACCCUCAGGGACCCCCUUCCGCCGGGCUCUGUAAAGGGCAAAAGGGGUUAAACUUUCCUUUUUCCAGCGCUGGGUGGGGAGCUCUCCUCCUCCUCUGUUCCUCCUACUGGGCUGAAUGCGCACGCGCGGCAAAAGCUGCGCGCGCAUUCAGCCGGUCACAUAGGAAAGCAUUCAUAAUGCUUUCCUAUGGACGCUUGCGUGAAAAUCACAGUGAGAAGCACGCAAGCGCCUCUAGUGGCUGUCAAUGAGACAGCCACUAGAGGAUUAGGGGGAAGGCUUAACCCAUUCAUAAACAUAGCGGUUUCUCUGAAACUGCUAUGUUUAUGAAAAAAUGGGUUAACCCUAGCUGGACCUGGCACCCAGACCACUUCAUUAAGCUGAAGUGGUCUGGGUGCCUAGAGUGGUCCUUUAAGCAUGUGUGGGAUAUGCAUAAGGCUAUCCUAGAUAUAAGAUAAGACCAGGGACUAAUGAAAGUAUUUAGAAAAUUGGGCAGACUAGAUGGGCCGAAUGGUUCUUAUCUGCCGUCACAGUCUAUGUUUCUAUGAGUCCAGAGGUCACCCAGUUCUUGGCCAUCUCAACCUUUGAGGCUUCCAAGAUCGAUAAAUGACAGUAAAUAUUAUACAUUUAGUCACAAAACGCGAUAUUGUGUGUUUUAUAAUUCAUUAGGACCUUUACUCGUACUAUAGUUAUUAUGAGAAAUGUUUGUGGUAUAUAGAGCUAAAUUCAAUAACAAACACAUUUGUGUAUAUAUAUAUAUAUAUAUAUAGAGAGAGAGAGAGAGAGAGAGAGAGAGAGAGAGAGAGAGAGAAAUGAAAAGAAAACCAAAACAAAAAAAAAACAACUUCUGGACAUUCUCUUUAACCCCUUAAGGACCAAACUUCUGGAAUAAAAAGGAAUUAUGACAUGUUACACGUCAUGUGUCCUUAAGGGGUUAAUACAAUUUGUAUCAAAUGUGUACAUUUUGAUAAUGUCUAAGGAUGUUUUCACUAAGCAUUAAAUUGCAGUAAAUUAAAAACAGAAUUGCAAAAAUUAGGCUUAAUUAGCCGAGCAAUUAUUUCUGGUCAAAAAUCAGUAUUCAGGUUUUUUAAUUAAUCCUCGAUUAAGGUGAGUGCAGCAUAAUGCCACAGAAUGGAUUGAUCAUUUCUGUACUGCAUUUCACAAGGUUAUCCAGAUCAGCACAUGGUAUGAAUGACCUUGGGCCACAAGAAGAUUUAUUUAUCUCAAGGUCAUUAGUGACAAGAGCACUUAGCAGCAAGCAGAGUUUGUUCUGGUAAACUGAACGGCCAAAUCAGAGCUUUGUCCAACCACUUACAUCAAGAGGAUCCAGUGUCGGGGAAGGAAUAAAAUAAUUGCAUUGUUUGUCCCGGUGAUAUUAGCGAAAUCUAACUCCAAACCUAGAAAGAUGUAAAAACAAUCUAAAGAUUUGUAAGCACUAAAAACCCGGAAAUAAAUAUAGCAUUCGUGCACUUCAGAGACAUCCUGAAAUGACUGACAAUGAAUGAAAACAAACAGAAACAAAGUCUUUAGACCACUCAUCUCAGUGCUGUGGUCCUGCAGGUUAAAGGGCUCCUCUGACCCUUCUUUGAUUUAAUUAGAAUAAUGAGUAAAACUCAGAUACAAACAUUGAAUGGAUGAAGAGCAUAGAAUUAGACCAUCGCAGAGGUGGCCAUGUCUGAAGCGGGAGGUGAAGAUGUGAACAUUUACUUUUCUUUUUUUUCUUUUUAUUGGGGGGGGGAGGGGAUAUAGAACUAGGGCCAGGGGCACUAUAGAGAUAGGAAUAAAGGUUUGUAUUUCAAAUGCGAUAGUGUUCCUUUAACAUACAGCGAUAUUGCAAAAUGCUAUUGAAAGUUGCAGAAAAUUCACAUAACGCCGUAGCAUAGCUGUGGCAGUAUGUCUCUCUCUGUUAGAUCUCAUGAUACGGUAUUGGUUUAGGAAAGGCCAGUGACAUCAUGGGUGAGCUGAAAAGACAUUGUUUUUGUGGGAGCGUCCCCCAUUCUGUCCCUGACCUGGUUGCCCUAUACUAUGUCUGUCAUGUAGACUUACCUUGACUAGAACCUGUUAGAUUCCACCAGCAUCUCUGUGAUGAUGGGUUCCUGCUGAGAUUAGCAGAAUUCUAAAAUAACCAAAGCUGGUUCCUUGGAUUUGGUGAGUAAGGCCUUGAGAUGUCCCAUCAGUGGCUAUUUCAAUUAGGGACAGAUGUGAUCAGGGACCACGUCCGGCUACAAUCCAUACUGUCAGUGCUCCGGUAAGGGAUCUGAUCACUAGAGGGACCUAUAAGGGCUGGGUGGACACCUGCAUAGUCAUUAAAUAUUUGCUAAUUUUUGGUGACAUAACGUGAGUAAAUUAUGGAUCCUUUACUGACUCCAUUUUUUUCCUGAAUGGCCAUUUAAUGCCUGCAUGAACACGUGACCCUUUAUUUGAGAUUUAACUCUCCAGUCUCUGCUCCCAAGCCAGACCGCCUACGGUGAGAUCAAUACUAAUAAUCUCUGCUCGAUCCAAUGCUUCCCACAGAGAAGCUCUGAGUACACAGGAGCUGCAAUCACCACCUUAUAAGUGCAGCUUUAAUUUGUAAAAUACGCCAAAGGGGACUUGAAUUUAACCCCUCAACCACUUCAACAAGUAAAGCAACUUUAGGUGACCAGAGUGUCCAUAUAGUCAUCAUAUCUUCCUAAUUAGAAAGCUCUAACAUGAAAUGCCCCUUCUUAACACAUGGUCUGGGAAUAGACCAUACCUCUUGUAUGUAACCUUUAUUAAUCUAGGUCAGAGAAUAUUUGGAUCUCACUAAUAUUCUCAAUAUUUCUGUAUGAUUCAAUAAAUGGACCUAUUUACCAGAAGUCAGUCGUAACCAUGUCCAACAUUGGCACAUUCAACAUCCAAUCAGAUCCAGUCCGAAAACACAGAAUAACAAUAAAACCAUACACGCAUUUAUUAGUGGCAAACAAAAUAAUACAUUGCAAAAUGCAGGCUUUCAUACUGAAGCUGUAACUACUGAGGAAUAUUCACAAAUUAGCAGUUUGGGGUUUGGUUUUCAAUUCACUGUUUGGCAAAUAGUCUAUAUCUACAUUUCUAUUGAGAUGAAACAUAUUGUACAUGUAAUAUGUCCUAUAUCUAAUAUCUAUACAAUACACACAUGUUAUAUGUCCCAGAUCUAAUAUGUAUACACUACAGACAUGCAAUAUGUCCUGGAUCUAAUAAGUAUACAAUACACACAUGUUAUAUGUCCUGGAUCUAAUAUGCAUAUAAUACACGCAUGUUAUAUGCCCUGGAUCUAAUAAGUAUGCAAUACACACAUGUAAUAUGUCCUGGAUCUAAUAAGUAUACAAUACACACGUUAUAUGUCCUGGAUCUAAUAUGCAUACAAUACACGCAUGUUAUAUGUCCUGGAUCUAAUAUGUAUACAAUACACGCAUGUUAUAUGUCCUGGAUCUAAUAUGUAUACAAUACACACAUGUAAUAUGUCCCGGAUCUAGUAUGUAUACUUUACACACAUGUAAUUUGUUCCAGAUCUAACAUGUAUACAAUACACACAUGUAAUAUGUCCUGGUUCUAAUAUGCAUACAAUACACGCAUGUUAUAUGUCCUGGAUCUAAUAUGUAUACAAUACACCUAUGUUAUAUGUCCCAGAUCUAACAUAUAUACAAUACAGACAUGCAAAAUCUUCGACAUAGCACUUUUUUAUUUGAGGGUAUAUAUUCAGUAUUAAGAUGAGUUACAUCCUCUAUGGUAAUUGAUUAGUGUACGUUUUUACUUGAUAAAGGAAGUUGAUUUUUUAAAGUUUGUUUUUAAACUGAAUAUCUGUUAUAAUAGCUGAUAUUACUGCAGUUCUCAUUUAUUUAGCUUCUGGAUUUCUGGUCUGACAGGCCACCUCUGGCUACCUCCAUUAAUUAUUGAAAAUAAAUAGAUUGUUGAAAAUGAGAAUGAAAACAGAUGAUUUGAUGCUAAAUCAGCAGAGAGCCGGGCAUGGAGGGGGGCGGGGGGUUCGGAAUGAUAAAACAGUGAGUAAUGCAUGCUCUGAUGAUUGGAUCUGAAACAUUGAGUUUCUCUGCUCCCCCUCAUUGAAUGUCACAUUCUGUCUAAUAAUGCACUCCUACACACCUUGCUUUCUCCCAACACUCCCUGUGGGUAACCCAUUUACUGAAAUCAUUUUCUCUUCUAUACAAUUGUGCACUCGGAUUGUGAAAAAGAAAGUGCACCCCAUGGUCCAAUCUAUCUUUAGAAAUGUAAUAAUUAUGAAGACGCAGCUGUUAUCAAACCUUACAAUCAUAAAGCAUUAGCCGUUAAUAUAUAAUGGACACGUUGGGGUACACUCCUGAUGUUUCAGUUUAAAACGACAAUUACUUUCCGUGACUUUGUUUUGAGUGAGCCUUUUAGUUCAAUAAAAAUACAGUAGCAUCUGUUUGGUCAGUUCCAUAGCUUGGUUUAUUGAGAGUGAACCAAUGUAUUAGGAUACGUUGAGACUCCAAUUGGAACGGUACUGUUGAGAAGACGGUAGGACAUCGAUAAAGAUAUAUUAUUGGCUGUAGUAUUGCUGGGCUUAACAAAAUAUCUCUGAAGAGGCAAAAAGAGCAAAGACCAUAUAUCAGACUAAUUUAUUCUUGUACAGGUCAAGGUGGGGACAACCAAAAACCACAAUAUUGGUAGACUAGUCAAGGUGGGGAUUCCAGACACUUCAGAUGAUAACCUGAUAAACCCUGGUAAUAAGUCAUCUUUUUAAAAUGGUUACUGGAGCAGGAAGAGGGGUCAAUUAUUGCUUGGAAGGUGACUGUGGUCAAUGGUACUGGAGGAGAAGAGACGGGUGACUUAGAGGGACAGGUCAGAAUUCCAAGCUAGUGACCAGUUAGCCUUGGUUCCUGGUACCCAGUUCUAAUGAACCGUUACAACGUUACUGACACUGGUUUAUAUAGCAGGAGAAGUUAGUCAGUCUGGUGAUGCUUUUACAAUGAGGCUGACUUGGAACGGGUGGGUAACAGUUAGUAGUCUGAUAGCUUGGCAUUGAUUAUGAACCUUUGAGAACUAUUGAGGUCUCCUUCCAGUUGUUCAUGUCUUUAAAGAAGUUUAUAAUAGAACAUAACCCAUGACUCUUUCGGUAACUAAAGAUAGGAGAUGGUAUCAAUGUUUGUCCAGGCGUAACGUGUUUGAAAUGAGUUUCGCUGCUGAGGUAGUAGAGCCAUAUACCAGAUACAGUAAAAGAUGAUAGCGGGAAAGCUAAUGGCUUAUUUUAAUAUUCAAAGUAUUUUGAGUUGUUUACAGUUUCAAUGAAAGAAACAUGUAGACAUGCAUUUACCUCCCAUGGCACGGUGUGUUAUUUCCCGGUGAUUUUAGAUGAGAGGUUACAAUCUUCUCAAUGCUGGGUGAUUUAAGACUUCGUUAUCUGUGGCGCCAUUGAAUGGCGUGAUUGAGGUAAUGAUGCAAGCGUAAAGUUUAAUGACGGACACCGUGUAAAUGGUAUAUGAUUUAAAGGAGAUUGUACAUGCAGUGCAAUAGCUGGGGAUUAAAAAGGCAAUUGUGCGUACACUGGUCAAUCUACAGCACUUAUUGCACGGGUUUGGUUAAUACGGGGAUCUGUGUCUGCACUAAUCAGCCAAGUAACCAAACCCCCAUAUUUAUCAACUGAGACAGAUACUGUGCAGGCUUCCUCUGGUACUGGAUCAUUCAUUGUGGAAGAUGAUUGGCUGAAUUGUGGUAUGUGUUUUUCUUUUGUCAUGAUUCAGGUAUAUUGGUAAGGAUUAUGUGUUUAUUUCCACCUGAUGUAUUAACUGUAUGGCAGUUGGCACACAUUGCACAGGUAUGGAGUUUUUGGGAUAGAUAUUUUACUUAGAUUGGGGGCUAUGGGUUGUAUUGUUGAAUUUGCAUUGUGUAAUGUCGAUGUAUUAUUAGGCAGUUAAAACAUUUUGUAUUAAUGAAGAAAGGAUUGUACUAUGGUCAGUGGUUUAUCCUGGUUUUGUGCUGCCCUAGGCAUCACAAAACUCAGACACCCCCCCAUACCUCCAUCACCCCACCUUCUAAACACACAUACACAUAUACACUCAGUGUCAGACACACACAUUCACUGACAGACACACAUACACACACUUACUAAUAGACAACAUACACACUAACAGACACACACACUCACUAACAGACACACUAACACACUCACUAACAGAUACACACAUAGUAACACACACACUAACAGACACACACACACUCACUAACACACACACUCACAUAUUUAUUUAUUUUUUUACAAAAUUCAAUCCCCCCAGCCUCCCUACCUUUGGGAAUGCUGGGGUCGUUUCUCGUUUUCCCUGGGGUCCAGUGGUGACUGCAGGUGGCGAGGGAGCACUAAUCCUCCUGUUCAGCUCCAUCGCGUGCCGCGUAGUGAUGCCGGGGCUGGAAUGACGUCAUAUUAUGGCUCCGGCAUCACUGCGGUGUGUGCGAGGGAGCUGAACAGGAGGAUUAGUGCCGUCGCUGCCAGCCUGGGGGCCGGGGCGAUUGGGUAAAGGCUUUUUUUUGCCGCCCCCCAGAAAGUGCCGCCAAAGGCAAAUGCCUUGUUUGCCUUUUGGGAAAUACGCCCCUGACUAUGGUAUGAAAUGCCAAUGUCAGAGGCCAACUGUAUUUUGUUGUCCUUACCCUCAAGGUAAGCUAGCGGGUAAGUACAGGGCCAUAAUCAGGGCAUGACAAUUAUGAUGGUUGUCACGGGCCUGGCCGUCCCGGGGGGCCAAGACUGCUCUGGGGGGCCCACAUUCCCUAUGUGACAGAUAACGAAGUCUUAAAUCACCCAGCAUUGAGCAUUAACACACCGUGCCAUGGGAGGUAAAUGCAUGUCUACAUGUUUCUUUAAUUGAAACUGUAAAGAACUCAAAAUACUUUGAAUAUUAAAAUAAGCCAUUAGCUUUCCUGCUAUCAUCUUUUACUUUAUGGAGUAUCUGUUAUAUGGCUCUACUACCUCAGCAGCGCAACUCAUUGUAACCUAAAAGAUUUCGAUGUUAAACACGUUACGCCUGGACAUACAUUGAUACCAUCUCCUAUCUUUAGUUACCGAAAGAGUCAUGGGUUAUGUGCAUAUAGAUUGUGAUUAUCGCUAUAUGUAUGUGUACUGCGGGCACCUGGCUACCUGUACACGGCAGAGGGGGCCCAGUAUGCACUGUCUUAACCCUUCCAGGUGAUCUUCCCUCUCUAAAUCUCGCGAGCUCCCCAGCCGUCAGAGCGUUCCAACAGGUUAACAUGGCAACGCUCCGCGCGGCACUCAGGCCAUCUCGCGAGAGUCGGAGGAGCUGCUGGAGGGUUAAGACAAUUACCGGCGCGUGCUGGGCCCAACCUGCCUUGUACUAUGAAUGCAUCUUCCCCCACCUGGACAGGUAAGAAGCAGGGGGGGGGGUAACAUUAAAAAUACUCAAAUUAUAAUAAUCUGGAUAUGCAAAAAAUUUCAAAACCAUCUUUAUAUUUCACUAUUCAUGUUUUAAAUGGCUGUUAAAUUGUGUAUCUCUGUGAACUGAAGAAAAAAUGAACCUCCCAAUUUAACAGAUAUCAAAGCCCAAAUCAACUAUCAGAGUGUAAUGGAAAAGGCAGCAAUACUGAUACCUGCAAUAAGGUAUGGGCAAAUUGGUCUGAUUAUUAUAAACAAUAUGGCUGAUUCCUCCAAGCCAGCAAUACCCUGGCAUAGACAUAUCUACUUGGUAAUAUAAUGAUAAAUCUAACUCCUAAAGUGGUUCCUUGCUGAUUUAAUCUUAUUUAAGAAGUGCUGCUAGAAUUGUCCAAAAAUGCUCUUUAUUCACCACAGAAUGCAGCCCCUAUUUUACACACACUACAUCCUUACACACACACAAACACACACACACACUACAUCCUUACACACACACACACACACACACACACUACAUCCUUACACACACACACACACACACUACAUCCUUACACACACACACACACUGCAUCCUUACACACACACACACAUACUCUGCAGUCACUACACACACACUACAUUCUUACACAAACACACAAUCUGCAGUCACUACACACAAACUCUGCAGUCACUACACAUCCACUAUAUGCCUACACAUAAUCUGCAUUUAUUACACAAAUACACACUCAGCAUUCACUACAAAAACUACAUUCACAAUUGCUACACACACACUACAAAAACUACACAAACACACACUACAUUCACUAUACACACUCCACAGUCACUAUACACACUCUGUAGUCACUGUGCACACACUACAUUCACUAUACACACUCUACAGUCACUAUACACACACUCUGCGUUCACUAUGCACACGACAUCCUUACAUACACUCUGCAGUCACUAUACACACACUACAUUCAUUACACAAACACAAUCUACAGUCACUAUACACACUACAAUCACAAUCAUUACACAAAUACACACUCUGCAUUAACUACAUAUAUUACAUUCACUGCACAAACACACACUCUAAAGUCACUAUACACACACUGCGUAGUCACUAUACACACUCUGCAGUAACUACACACACACUACAAUCACAAUAUACACACUCUGCAUUCCCCCCACACACUACAUUCACUGUACACACUCUUCAGUGACUAUACACAUUCUGCAGUCACUAUACACACACUACAUGACUACACACUCUGCAUUCACUAUAUUUAACAUAAACACUAUACAUUCACUACACACACUAUCCAUUUACUACACACACUACAUUCAUUACACAAACACUCUGCUGUCACUAUACACACUCUGAAUUCACUACACACACUACAUUUACUAUACCCACUCUGCAGUCACAAUACACGCACUACACAAACACACACCCUACACUACACAAGCACACACUACAUUCACUACACAAACUCAGACACCCUCCCAUACCUCUGAAUUCACUAUACACACAGACACUACAUACAUUUCACAAACCUACAAUCUACAUCCAUUAUACACACUGUAUCCAUGACAUACACCACAUUCAGAAUGCACACUUCAUCCUUGUGGGUGGACUCAGGAUGUGCCCUGUGUGUGGACUUGGGGGCUGGCCCCCAGGGGCCCAGACUUUAAGCUGUAUCAGGGGCCUCAACAUUUCUGAUGGGAGCCCUGAGUAAGUACACAGAGUAUACUGCAAUAACAUGUGCUAUAAUUUGCCCCAUGCUCUAAUAUUAGGUAUGCCCUACUGACAUCUUAAGGCCAAAUUGUUGGUUAAACAUAAAUAUUAUGAACGCUGCAUACAACUUAUAACUGAUUUCAUUUUGAGGCAAUUUUUUUUUUUUUACAAAGUUUCAAAAUAUUUUAAUUUGUUAAAUGAAAAUAUGAAUACUUUGUUACUAGGCAUUCAAUACAUGUUUGCUUAUUUUAAAGGGCAACUGUAUUUUUCUGGUAAUUAUACCAUUACAUAAAACAUUGAAAAUCGAAUUUCAUAGCACUAUAGUUCAGCCCUGGCAAAGCAGGGGCAUAAUAUGUAAAUAAGGAGAGAUAGAAACAUUGUUUAAUUUCUUCUCUUCUCUGUAUGGGCGGAGCUUAUAAUAAUGAUUGACUGGUAGCUAAGUUGGAGGCGCCUAGGUGCACAAUAAAUUCUGUAUUUAACAUUAAGAUCAGACUGGCAGGGCCUUUUAUAGAUUUGGAUACUUGUUUCUGAUUGGUUGUUUCUGUUUAUGAUCUGUGCUGCUUGAUUUUACAGUUAAGAGAGUAAUGCAAAGCAUUCGCCUCCUGUCAUUACUAAAAUGAAGAUGACAGGUACACUACGUUAACAUAAUCUACAAUUUUCAUUUUAAUAGUAAGCAAUGUAAAAUGGACUUAAAAUGACCGACCAGCCCUGUGAGAUCAAGGCACAUCUUUUCUUUUUCUAUAUAUGUUUUUAAUAAUAGAUUGGGGUAUUUUUCUUUUCCCAGAGGUAGAUUAAUCAAGGGAUGAAAUUCACACUUUUUACUAGAAUUCUGCAGUCUCCAUUCCACGUUUUUAACAUGUCCCCCAGCUCUCUGAUCUGCACAAAAUAGAUUUCUACCAUUGUCCUGCCCUGUCAGCACAGAAAAUAUUACUUUCCUAAAUCUUGCAUUCCUUAAGGGGGCCCUUCCAUACAGCCUGAAUAGUUUAACAUACCUUCCUUAAGGCCGGAAUUGUUAACCUCUUCUGUGCUGGGUUAUAGACAAUAUUUCUAAAAAAAUAACAGAUACUUUAUCAGAAUUGGAAAAACUCUAGAGUUUUAUUUCCUACCAUAGACACUAAAAUGCAGCUUUUUAUGUUAAGGCGGAGAGUGGUAAAAUAAUAAAAUAUAUUUUUGAACUUUGACAGGCUUAUUCGCUAAAGUAUGAAUUGUAAGGAUUUCAAAGUGAAUUUUAUCUUUUAUACCAAAAUAGCAGAAAGCUGACUGCAGAUUCAACUAUUGCCGCCUAAAGUUAGAUAUUCAUUUUAAAUUCCUGAUAAUUUAGACUUUAAUAAAUAGCUCUGUAAAAAUGUUUUUUUUGCAGUUUUAUACGGCUCUCCCAGUGACUCUGAAUUUUUGCGAUUCCUGUAACAUAUUGUGUAUAAUAUAUAUUUUUCAAAUGUGCUCCUGUUGCACAUUCCAAGCAGUGAACGGAUAUAUCUGGGUUUACUCCUCUUCCUGACAGCCCUACCAGUCUCACUGUAUGUUUUACAUUGAGACAAUGUCCCAUCUCAGACACACUUAGUAACAUCCUGACCGCACGUCACUGCUCGCCAUUUGCUGCGCGUCGUAGUCAGGCCGUUUCCCAUGGUCUGUGAAGACAGCAUUUCCUGCUUGGCAGAGGGUCUCCUAUGUCAAUAGCAAUGCUUAUUGUUAUUCACCAUCAUCACUUCAGCCAGUUAUUUGGGGAUCUUGUUUACACAGAUUUAUUUAAAGGAGCAGUCACACAAACUAUUUUAUAUUUAAUAGUUUGUUGCUUUUUUUUUAACUUUUAUAUAUAAUAAAAAAAAUAAAGCAAAACAAUAUGAAUAAAAUAUGUUUAAUGUAAUUUAAAAUUGCUAAUUUGCAGAGUAAUACAAUAAUAAAAUAAAUAAAGAAAACAUAUUCACUCACAUUUACCAAACGUAUAAUUUCCAGUGUGAGACUGCAGUGAACGUAUCAGUGCUCUGAGAUAUUGUGGAGUUAACGUGAUACUGUAACCAACAAAACAGCUGCAUCUUAAUGAAGCAGUGUUUGUGCAUAGAUCACGCCCCUGCAGUUUCAUUGAUUCAUUCUCUGCCAUUUAGGAGUGAAAUCACUAUAUUUAUACAGCUCCCCUGGGUAAGACUCACACAGCCUUAAUGAAAAAGUAAACAUUUUACAGCACAGUGUGUUUACUUUACAUUCAGGGCAUACUUGAAAACGAGAGAAAUCUCAAUGUAUCUUUCCUGGUAAAAUAUUUUAUAAAUAAAUAAAUAAUCUCCUUUUUUGCAGAGACAUGAACAGUGAGGCUGCUUCAUUAAGAUAAUGUUAUUUUGGUGCUUAAAGUAUACCUUCAAUUUUUGUUAUGCAUUCGUUAAAGAGGAAAACAGUACAUCAUCUGAUAUAGCGGUAUUGUCAUUUUUAAUUAAAAAGAUGUUAAAAAAAUAUGAAUUAUAAAGUUUCCCAGAUAAGCAUUUUUACUGGCUCAUUAUAAUUAGGUUAGUGCUGAGAUAGAUGGCUCUAACCCUCUGAGUAUUUAUAAUGUCAAUAAAUUAUUUUACAUCAAUAAUAGGUUGAAUAACAAAAACCAAUGAUAUAAUAUUAUACAACAUAUAACAUAACUAGGACAAGUUUCCUUCUCGACCGCAGAAUGGCAGUCAGAAAUCUCCUUGGAUUAAGAAGCUAUUACCCCACUAAUUAAAAUUUAUAUCCGAAUAUUAUGUUUUUUCAAGUAUUAUCCAAUUUAAAAAUGCUGUUCAAACAUUUGUAUGGACUCUGAUUAAACCACCUCUUUAGGCAGAGAAUUCCACAUCCUUAUUGUUCUUCCUGUAGAAACCUUUUCUUUGACUAAAUCUCCUUUCUUGCAGUCUAAAUGCAUGACCUCGUGCCCUAUGUAUAGCCCAGUUUAUGAAUAGAUUUCCAGACGAUGGUUUGUAUUGGCCCCGAAUAUAUUUGUAUAAUGUUAUCAUAUCCCCUCUGAGGCGCUGUUUUUCCAAACUAAAGAAAAUUGAAGAUAAUAUAGUCGACAAAACAAGUUUAGCUUAAUAAAGCAGUUUUUCUGUAUAUAUCAUGUCCGUGAAUUUCCACUGCUCAAUUCACUGCCUUUUAGCAGCUAAACCACUUUUGUUUCUAUUUAUACAGCUCUAGCCACACCUCCCUUGAUGUGACUCACACUGCCUGCAUUAAACAAAAUGGUUUAAGUGUAACUUACUUUAAAGGUUUUUAUCUCCUGCUAUGUAAAUUGAACAGGCUCCUGUAAGAUCUAGGAAGCUAUUAACAGAACAGGAGAUAGGAAAUUCUGAAUUAAACAGAAUUUGCAAUAAAAGAAGUGUAAACAUUAGAUUACUAUUUACAGGAAGUGUUUAGGAUGGCUUUGUAAGUCACAUGCAGGGAGGUGUGGCUAGGAAUGUAUAAACAAAGUGAUUUACCUUUUCAUUCUCAAAUAGUUUGUUUUUAUUUUCGUGUGACUGUUUUGUCCAAAGAAAAGAUACUUGUUUCUACUUGCUCAGCUCUAUUUUAUGAUUAACAUUCCCAACAAACAUGUUAUGUAGAAAUAUAUUUAUUUAAAUUAUAUGAAGACGUCACUAUGAGCCAUUUUAAUGGCAUCAGUUGGUGGCAGCAGAUUUCUUUUCCAAGAUUCUAGUUUUAUAGACAGAUACGUAUAAUCUAAACCUAAAACGAAAGAGAACUGAAAGAAGUUGGUUGUUUUUUUGUCUGACUAUUGACCUAAUGUUGACUUGAACUCAGGUGUUACCACAAGCCCAAAGACUGUUAGACAUGAUUUUGAGAAGUAUGUUUUUUCAUCUGCUUUGAAGGACCAUUUGACCUUCACAUUAAAAGGUAUUCCAGCUCGUCAAAUCAUCAAGAAGAGAUAAAACCACAGAACUCUUUUUAAAAGUGACAGUCUGUAGAGUUUUAAAAAAUAAAUAAAAUACACAGAUGAAAAUAAAAUGAUAAAACUAAAAUGAAACAAGCUGAUAAAUAAUAUCCAUAUAGAGCUCAGAGUAGAAAGAUGUAAACUAUAAGUAUUUCGUUUAAUAUUUAGACAAAAUGGGUUUCUUUCAUACAAAAAAAAAAACCUACUACUAAUGAUGAAAACAUAAAUUAAUGAUAACAACAACUAAAUAACUACGAACUGGAAGAAACUAACUAUGCUUCAAGCCAUGCGUACAAGUCCUCUGGUUACGAGAGCUGGGAAUGUUACCAUAACAUACCGUGACAUCGUGUGUGUGCAUGCGCAGUGCGGUCUGCCAUAGAGUAUCAAUGUAUUUAAAUCUUGUCUAUGGCAGACUUUUAGGUGCAUAAUGAUGAGCACCGCGCAUGUGCCUAAGGUCCCCGAUGCUCCUCUGGUGGGCAUUGGAUUGGAUCGUCACCCUGGAGGCACAUAUUAAAAAGGAGGUUGCAGCGGCACCGAGAAAGACUCUGCGUUGGAUAAAAGGUGAGUAGUUUGUUUGUAUUUUUUUUUAUAUAUUUGGUUUAUUUUAUACUACCUGGGCGGCCUAACCUAAAUAGUCGCAUCAGGACUGCAGCGGUAGGAAAAGAGAUAUUUAUUCCUAAUGCUACACUGAUCCUUUAAUGAAAAAAUACGUAACCCUCAAUUUAAUUCUUUUGGAUACGCUUUUCAAAUAAUCACAACCUGUUCGAAAAACCUUUCGACGUAUUUAUCGAUAAACAUUCCCAAAGAUUUUCAGAGAUUUCAGUGGAUAAACCAUAUGAACAGAUUUUUCCAGCAGAAUGACAUAAUUUCUGAUGCUGAUUCAAACGAAUGAAAUCGAGGCUAGAGCGUGAUCAUUAAAAAAGCCUCGCUAAAAAGAUUAAAUCAAGGCAAUAGUGCUCUGAGAUAAUAUCCAGGUCUUAUGUGACCACAAAGCCCUUUCCUACACCACGAUGGAGGCUCCAUUCUUACCACUCACCUGCCAGGUACACAGCGAGCUUGAUAUCGGUUUACUCCCAAACAUCUGCUUCUGUAUUUACUCCAGCGUGGUCGUGGUCCUUUCUCUCAGAUCUCCUACGUGUUUGAUUGUUAGUUUCAGAGGGAUGGUAGCUUCAAUUUCCUAGUUAUUGAUAGAUAUCCAAAUGGCCUGAUAGUGUAUACUGCUUCCAUAUACAAUGUAUCUCUAACUCCCCGUUCUCCUCCAGCUUGACUAAUGCUGGACUCUGUUGAGUUUGUUUAUUCUGAAAAUCUGGUUCUAGGCUGGAAGUCAGUGGUUUGCCAAUUGUAUCCCUAUAAGAGCAUUUUCUGUUACCUGUGUAAACUGAAAACAUUACCGUGCAAGGUGGAACGUAUGUGAGUGUAUAUUAAUGUUAGAUAAAAUCCAGUCAAGGAGCACAACCACAAAUGUGAAAAACAUUUUUAUUAGAUAGGUCCACACACAAUAGAUAUCUCACAAUGCAUAUCAAGAAAAAUCAGAACAUGAAUCCCAUACUAAUAGUAUACAAAAAUAGUCAGACGUUCUGUAAUUACAUUCAAACAGGAUAUUUAGUAAAUAGAUUCUUACCAGAACUAGUGAGAAGCGGGAAGAAAGAUCAAUCAGCAAGCCCCAACGUUUCGGCCAAAGAGAUGCCUUUAUCAAGGGAGCCUGCUAGUUCUGGUAUGCAUUUGUAUUUCUUCUAUAUAUUUAUUGAUGGCUUGUUAGGAUUUGGUUUCUCUAUUAAUUAUUUAUUACAUUGAUAUUUAAGAAUCUAUUUACUAAAUAUCCUGCUUGAAUGUAAUUACAGAACUUCUGACUAUUUUGUAUACUAUUAGUAUGGGAUUCAUGUUCUGAUUUUUCUUGAUAUGCAUUGUGAGAUAUCUAUUUUUUGUGCACCUAUCUAAUAAAUGAUUUUUUUCACAUUUGUGGUUGUGCUCCUUGACUGGAUUUUAUCUGUAAUUUCAUUUGGUCCUUAAGGAAUAGGACCUUGUCUGAGUGAACACCCAGAUUUAUAAAUAUAAAAAAUAUUUUUGGCCUUUCUUUAAUAUUUUCUUUAUCAAUAUUUGAUACAUUUCUAAUUAUAACUAUCUCUGUAUAUUAAUGUAACAUUUUUCAUAAAGACAUUAAAAACAAACAAAAAUUUUGCCAUAUUGAAAGUGAUCUUUGGAGGGUUCAAAUACAAUCUAGUGAAAAAUGCCAGCGUACCACGUGUAGCCUAUUGAGACUAGAGAUUUGCUCUGGGGUGUUUUAAAUGCCCUGUAUUUUAUGGAAACACAGAACAGAAGGGCUAACUGUUUCUGCUGGCGGUUUCAUUUCAUAAUAAUCUAUGUUCUUUUUUUAUUUUUAGCCUUUCGAACCUAAUUAAGAUCUGUCCUACAGCUUGCAUCUCAAAGACCAUACUGGCAAAUAGAAACCUCACAAUCUCUCUUUUCUUAGUUUCUGCCUCACGGCUCCUGAUAUUCCAUUUAUUUUAAGGCUGCGUUUUGCAGAGUGUCUCACAGAACUGGCCAACCCAUCUGUGAAUGUAAUUCAGCCUGGAUUCUGGAGGGUUAGAUGUCAAUGUUCCAUGGAUCAGGUCAAGCAACGAAUGAACAGAAGGUCCAAAUCAUUUUGAUAAAUAUUAAUGGGAUGUUUUUGCUGAAAGAUUGCAGAGACACAGUUUAUCAUUCAGAAUUUUAAUAAAACUUAACACAAAACAGACUAAAGCAUGAAACCACUUUGUGUUGUUUGUAAAUGCAGUUUGUAAAAAUGUAUCAUCGCAGUAAAUACAUUUAUUUAAAACUUCAUGUGCACAGCCAGUUAUAUGCACAAACUCUAAACAGAGUACAGCUAUUAAUAGACUUUACAUCCGGUGCCUCUUCAAAACAGAAAUCCUAUUAUUAAUAUACGGUAUAUGUGCAUCUUCACUACUCACCCAGAAUGCCGUGCAGAAUAUGUAAAUGAAGAAACAUGUCCAGAUUACUGUGAUUUGCUAUUUUAUAUAUAUAGCUUUUCAAUCAUAACACAUACAUUGUUUUCAUGCUAUUAGUGUGGAGGUGGAAUUUAGCCUUUAUAAAUAAGAGAUAAAAUGGGCAUGAUUUCUAGAGAAACAGUAACUAUUCUGGCCAUCUGUAGCUCACGUGUAGAGGCCAGUAACGGCCUGCACUUUACACUCGCUGUGAGAACAGGCUCUGGUGUCUCACUGCGGAGAGCUGACUCAGCAGCUCAGACCUUAUUCCCCUGACACAAGCUCGGGUAACCAAAGAAUAUAAAAAGCUUCUGUUCCUUCCAAUAGGGAACAGGUUAUUGUACACCACAAAGAAGCAUCUGAGACACUUAAUGACUAAUCACCAAAAGACACAAAAAGGAAUGUAAAAAGGUUAACCCUUUAAAUGGUGAACAAUGGACACCAUAUUGCACAUGGGUUUCAUGCCACCGUCGCAGUCGAAGGGUUAAUGUUCACGUGAUGUGUUGAGUAGGGACAUUUGUUGUAUUCGCUAAUAUUGAAGCAUGCAUAUCAGAGUUAUAAAUGGCUUUUUCUCCGAUACACAUUAUGGCAAUUUUCCAAGAAAUACUGCAAUUUCUAGAAUUGCGUUUGUGAAAAUCCCUAUUUAUCCUGAAUUUCUGUUGACAAUAAACAAGCUUCACAGAAAGUGACACUAAAGGGACACUGCAGGCUGAAUCGGACCCAGUCUUUUUUUAUAGGUUAUGUAAAUUAUCCAGAAAAAAUAGUAAAAAUACUUUUAAAACUAAUAUAUUCUAUAUUCAGUAGACAUGUUCUAAUCAGAGAAGCUCACUGGCAAGGGAUGGAGCCGGAGAGGAGGCACGUUGUGUCAUCACCAAUGACAAGUGAGAAUGUUAGUUUAAUGCUCUUUUAGGGCAGACCAUGCACUAAGCCCUGCUAAAGAGUUCUUAAAUUGGAAAAAGGCCCCGUAACCUACACAGUGCACCUAACGUGUGUGGGAGCCUGGAGUGUCCCUUUAAUAAUAUAAACCCACCCAGUAUAACUAACUGUAACCUAACCUACACAGUGCAUCUAACGUGUGUGAGAGCCUGGAGUGUCCCUUUAAUAAUAUAAACCCAUCCAGUAUAACGGUAACCUAACCUACACAGUGCACCUAACAUGUGUAGGAGUCUGGAGUGUCCCUUUAAUAGUAUAAACCCACCCAGUAUAACUAACUGUAACCUAACCUACACAGUGCAUCUAACGUGUGUGGGAGCCUGGAGUGUCCCUUUAAUAAUAUAAACCCACCCAGUAUAACUAACUGUAACCUAACCUACACAGUGCAUCUAACGUGUGUGGGAGCCUGGAGUGUCCCUUUAAUAAUAUAAACCCACCCAGUAUAACUAACUGUAACCUAACCUACACAGUGCAUCUAACGUGUGUGGGAGCCUGGAGUGUCCCUUUAAUAAUAUAAACCCACCCAGUAUAACUAACUGUAACCUAACCUACACAGUGCAUCUAACGUGUGUGGGUGUCUGGAGUGUCCCUUUAAUAAUCUAACCUACACAGUGCAUCUAACGUAACCUAACCUACACAGUAUAACUAACUGUAACCUAACCUACACAGUGCAUCUAACGUGUGUGGGAGCCUGGAGUGUCCCUUUAAUAAUAUAAACCCACCCAAUAUAACUAACUGUAACCUAACCUACACAGUGCAUCUAACAUGUGUGGGAGCCUGGAGUGUCCCUUUAAUAAUAUAAACCCACCCAGUAUAACUAACUGUAACCUAACCUACACAGUGCAUCUAACGUGUGUGGGAGCCUGGAGUGUCCCUUUAAUAAUAUAAACCCACCCAGUAUAACUACUAUAACCUAACCUACACAGUGCACCUAACGUGUGUGGGAGCCUGGAGUGUCCCUUUAAUAAUAUAAACCCAACCAGUAUAAUUGUAACCUAACCUACACAGUGCAUCUAACGUGUGUGGGAGCCUGGAGUGUCCCUUUAAUAAUAUAAACCCACCCAGUAUAACUGUAACCUAACCUACACAGUGCAUCUAACGUGUGCGGGAGCCUGGAGUGUCCCUUUAAUAAUAUAAACCCACCCAGUAUAACGGUAACCUAUCGUGUAUGGGAGCCUGGAGUGUCCCUGUAAUAAUAUAAACCCACCCAGUAUAACUAACUGUAACCUAACCUACACAGUGCAUCUAACGUAUGUGGGAGUCUGGAGUGUCCCUUUAAUAAUAUAAACCCACCCAGUAUAACGGUAACCUAUCGUGUAUGGGAGCCUGGAGUGUCCCUGUAAUAAUAUAAACCCACCCAGUAUAACUAACUGUAACCUAACCUACACAGUGCAUCUAACGUGUGUGGGAGCCUGGAGUGUCCCUUUAAUAAUAUAAACCCACCUAGUAUAACUAACUGUAACCUAACCUACACAGUGCAUCUAACGUGUGUGGGAGCCUGGAGUGUCCCUUUAAUAAUAUAAACCCACCCAGUAUAACUAACUGUAACCUAACCUACACAGUGCAUCUAACGUGUGUGGGAGCCUGGAGUGUCCCUUUAAUAAUAUAAACCCACCCAGUAUAACUGUAACCUAACCUACACAGUGCAUCUAACGUGUGUGGGAGCCUGGAGUGUCCCUUUAAUAAUAUAAGCCCACCCAGUAUAAUGGUAACCUAUCGUGUAUGGGAGCCUGGAGUGUCCCUGUAAUAAUAUAAACCCACCCAGUAUAACUAACUGUAACCUAACCUACACAGUGCAUCUAACGUAUGUGGGAGUCUGGAGUGUCCCUUUAAUAAUAUAAACCCACCCAAUAUAACUGUAACCUAACCUACACAGUGUAUCUAACGUAUGUGGGAGCCUGGAGUGUCCCUUUAAUAAUAUAUAUCUAUGUUUCUAUGUGUUGCACAAACUCUGUCAGACUCUAUGUUAAUAUAAUAUCUCAAAGUGGACAUUAGGUGCUGCGCCUGGCCAGACACUGAUUACUUAUUAUCGUAGAUUGAUGUCCAGCCCACCAAGGCUUACAGGACUUUUCAUGAAAUCAUGAAUUGUAGGAAAUUGCUCAUUCCCAGUCCAUAAUAGCCAAACUGGAACAUUCUCCAAUUCAGCGAUGCUCCCAGUUUGGCUAUUUUAUCUUUAAAGGAACACUAUAGUAUUAGGAAUACACAUGUCUACACUAUUUAUGGCAGAAUACUUUGAUAAAUCUUACCGUUGGUUUCUCUGUUUUGGGAUUGUGACAGUAUGUGCUGUUUUAUUUCAGAGAGGAUCUCCACCUCGGCUUAUUCCUCACCGGCCAGAAGUUUGGGUGACCCAGGAAUUACCCCCCUCUCUCCGUCACACAUAGCCGCGGUAAGCUGAUCAUUUCUCUUAUUUGGAAGAUUAAUAUAAAUAUAAUGUCAGGCUUUUUUCUGGGCUCUCCCCAUAACUUGAUGUAAAAUAGGCUUGUAUUACUCUUGGAGGUAUCCUCGUAUAUGCCCAUCCUUUCCUCGUCCCUUUGUUGACUCUCAGAGACUGGGGGUGUUUUAUAUAAAUAUUUUUUAAUGUUGCAAUGUUUCUGCUAAGGUACAAUAAUCACUGAGUUUUGGACUUUGCAUGUUUGUUGCAGUCUAUGAAUACAUUAUAUCCAGAUUGCCCAGUGUCCUGAUUAAUUAUGUAGAUUGCUUAGAGUAUUAUUUUCAACAGUUAGGAUCACUCAGCAGGAAUUAGCAGCAAGGUGAGAGCAGGGUUACAAUCAGGUCAGUAGCCACUAAAUGCUGAGUGCGUCUCCGUGCAUUGUAAGAUCUACCUAAUACAGCUGUUUUUACACCGGUUCCUGUGAUUCAAUAUUGACCCAAGAGUCCAAGGUGUGUAACAUGUCCAGAACUCACAUAAAUCGGGCAGAGCCUGUGAUUGGCAGAGAUUUGUGGGAGUUGUAGACCUAGAGUAGAUGUGGAGACAGCAAUUCAGCCCCCGUCAUUAGGCAGCUGCCUCCAGUCACCCAUCAAGGUCGGUCACUCCAUCGUUACAAUUCCACCAAAUCUGAGCGUGACCCUGAGAUCAGCGCUAACAGUGGGAAAUGCUGGUAAAGUGACAUUUUUUGGGGUGAAUACAUUGUAAAUUAAUGUUAUUAAUCAGAUAUCUCUGGCAUUCGGUGAUCGUUACCUGGCCAGAAUACCAAGGUCCUCGACUUUGGGAUCCCAAACGAUGUAUUCAUCAGUAAAUCAAGACCAGAAUUGCACAAUUUAUUUGAAAACUGCUGAUUUGAAAAUAAAUUAACUCUCGAACCAGUCACAGAUUUGCUGAAAUUAACCCAGUGCCUACAUUUGGCAAUUUCGUUUUUAUUUCAAUAUAUUCAUUGUUCAGCGGAUAAACCCCCAUACAUUUUAUGUUUUCCACAGCAACAUUCUGCUAGUCCCUGGAGUUAAAUGACAACAGAUGUUUACCCUUUCCUAUAGAUUCCCAAAACAUCUAUAUUCACAAUUUAUUAAUUUUUUUUCUUUUAAUUCUUUAUUUUCAUUGACAGAGGUUCCAUAUACACAUCAUAAGUAACAAUAACCACAGUUUAAGUCUCUGCAUGCAUGGUAUACAGAAAAACGUGUAACACGUUUAAAACAUCAAUUUACCCCGAUCCAUAUGAUAGUGCUCCUAACCGAUGCACUGUACUAGGGGCGCUGCUCCUUACCGUGGUCUUUACUCAAUCAAUUUACCUCUUGUCUAAAUUUUUCAUUUUAUAAAAAAAUUUUUUUAAAAGACUAACAGCACUUCUUAUGGUCUGGUCAGUUUAAAUAGAACAGUACAAACAUUGCAGGUGUGGUUCUCACUGGUUGGUAUGCCCCUUUUAGCUUUCCUAUGAUCUGUGUCAUACGACAUUUGUCGUAGAGAAUUGGGGAUUCCGCGUCUCUUUUCCUAUCCUUGGGGUCACUUUUGCCCAUUUUUUCAGUUGUUGGGUUUAGAUGCCUGAUGUCUAUGUUAUUGUGAGAGAUUCGCAACUCGUUAAUUUACAAAUUAACAGGGCAAUUCACUAAACAGAGAUUUCAAAGUGAAUUUUCAAUUCAAGGAAAAAAAUUGCCGAUCUGGUAAAAUUCUCUAAGUCAGCUAUAUUCCCAGAUCGGCUUCUUUGGUCUUAUUUUUGAAUUCUCACUUUGAAUCUCCCUGUGCUUUUUAAUUGACUGCUAUUCCCUGAUCGGUUAAAGAGGUUUUUUUUUCUCAGCUUUGUUAGUGGUUACACAGCAGCUGUGUGUAAUUGAUCACCCAAUGGCAAGGAAAGUGUUAAUUGUCCCUGUGUCCCUUCCAGAAGGACUCGGACUCCGGUACGGCUGACGAGCAGACCUUUCCUGUCGUAGUAGCCAUUGACUUUGGCACCACGUCUAGUGGCUACGCCUACAGCUUCUCCAAGGAGCCAGAAUGCAUCCACAUAAUGAGGUAGGAGCGCAUUGCAGCAGGCACAGGGGGCGGCAGUGACGGGAAGAGAGAGCAUGAUUUGUACCAUCUGCAGGCUUCGGGAAUUAUUCAUGUCUGUCUGCAGCGUUGGAAUGAGACUUUAUAUUAUUUUAUAUUACCCAUUAAUUGCCACAAGUCCUGCAAUCCCUAGGAGCAGGAUUUUACAAAGUCACUCAGCGUCUAUUGAUAUUUAAUUAGAUUAAUUUAUGUUUUAUUCUGCAAGUUAGGAAUAGACGUGUGCUUUAAACGCACUCUACCCUAUGUGACAAGAGCUUCCAGCAGUCGAGGGGUUAAUAAUAGUAGAUGCAGAGAGGGGCAGUAGUGUAAUAAGGGAUCGGUGAUGUGUAUGUUUCAUUAACAUUUUGAAUGUCACAGUGGUGGCAUUUAUAGUAAUCUGUCAUACUAAUCAUGGUUAUGCUAUGUACAGGGGAAGCUUUGUCCUCUGCCCAGUAAAUUGGCCUAAAUUCAGACAAAUUGCAAUUGCUCUAAACUCGCUCACACAUCAUGCCCCAUUCUCAGGUGGUGUUGUGACAAAUAUAUCGCCCAUUUCACCUCUAUUGAUAUAAUCAGUCAAUGCCGCUAUAUUUAUAAGGAAGUGAAUGUUAGAGGGGCCCAUCCCCCUUAACAUUGCGGCAUUGAAUAAACUAAUCAUCUUCAUUACUUCAUAUUAAAAUAAUUCUUCAAAUAUCAUCUUUAAAAUUCAGUAUUUUUAUUCUCCAACAUAUGGGGAAAUAUAAGCGUUUAUGCAUCUUAGAAUAUGUCAGGAGUCGUGUUCUAUGGCAGGAACCCUUAGAUUGGUUCUUGGAGUGUGAGGAGGGGCCUCAGUACAUGGCUUGUUUUAUAACUAUAGAUUGUAAGCUCACAGGCCAUCUAACUAGGCUCUCUGUAUAAGAAAAGCUUCAAGACUCAGUGGCUAGAUCUCCGCUCACGGAAGUGCUCUCUUUAACCUUCAUAUUUAUCUGUGCAUAUUGUAAAAUGUCUUGUCCUCUAAUAAUGAAUCGUAUGCAUGAAACUUAAUGUAGAAUAACAGGCAUUUGGCAAAUCUCAUUAUAUCAGUACUGGAUCUAAACUCAGGAUUUAUUUUUAAGGAAUAAUAUAAAAUAUUGCAUACUGUAAGUGUCGUUUCCCACACUACAUAGGCCUUGACUUUUUUAAAUUUUAUUUCUUUUAAAAGCUUUUUAAGCUAUUUAAUCUUUUGAAAAAUACUUUAAUAUUUAGACUUUUUUAUAUAUGAUAGAAUUUUUGAUAUUUUAAUAUUUGAAAAAAACAACACAUUUUGGAAGUUUAUCCAGAAUUAUUAACUUAUUUGAAAAGCGUAUCCAAAUAUAUAAAAUGAAGCCAAUGUUUGUAUUAAUGGCUUGUUUCCUUUAUGCGGAGAUUAUAAUAAAUAUGGCCCACGACAGCAGGAUGUCUUGCAAUAAAAUAAAUACUGCAGAUAGUGUACAUGUAAUCAUGCCCAGUUGGGAUGAAUAAUCUGUCUGCAGAGGAAGGAGAGAGGAACAAGUUAGAAUGUCAGAUCCACAGCUCUUAGGCGAUCAAUUAAAAGCCAGCGAAUAGAUAUUUAUGGUCAUUUUAUGGUUAGUUCUUUGGGGACAAUUAUCCAUUAGCUGCAUUAAAAUACUGAUUUUGUAAGUUACAGGAACAUAGAUCGCUGCCUUUAUCACAUAGAUUAUUAUAUACUGAGCAGUUAACAGAACAUGCUCUCGUCCCACCAGCAUGUUCUAUUACCCUGGACUGGCCACACCUCAGUAGAUUUUUUCUGCUUUUUUGUAAUUUUCGAUUGAGGAGAUUUAUUUGAUAUAUUUAAUAUAUUUGUUGGAUGAUCAGAGUAAAAUCUUGCUUCCAGAUUACGAAGGCUGUUAGGAGACUUAGCAAUUUUACAGACAGAUACAGGUAUUUGGAAAAAGAAAUGCUUUACAGAAAACCAAGAUUUCGUAAUUUAUAAAUAAGAUAGACGACGUUCAUAUGGUUAUAUCCUGGUUAGAAGUGGCCGACAAGUGGCUUUUCCGUCCGGUGCCAGAGAGCCACAGUCACCUUUUGCAAUAAAGUCCAUAUAAAUAAUUGGCUCUUUUCCUUUUCUGCAGGCGCUGGGAAGGAGGAGACCCUGGGGUGUCCAACCAGAAGACCCCAACCACCAUUCUACUAAUGCCAGACAGAAAGUUUCAUAGUUUUGGAUUUGCUGCCAGAGAUUUCUACCAUGAUUUGGACCCCAGCGAAUCCAAGCAUUGGUUGUACUUUGAGAAAUUUAAGAUGAAGUUGCAUAGCAGCACAGUAAGUCCUACACCCCAUGGCCUGAUAUCAAAUCUACCAGCUAUGUCCAGACAGACAAUAAGGAGAGACAGGGUCUCAUAACAGAACCACAGGACACGAGUAGAAAAAUCCAAAUCAAUUUGCACUUUCAUCAAUUACAUGGAAACUACAAACUGGUUAAAUCUAUUUCACAGUAUUUUUUUUAUUCUAUUUUAUUUUAUAAUAAAUUGAUGUAGUAAUUGGUGAUAAUGGUCCCCUGAUCUAAUGUGUUUUCAUUUCCCUGAGCUCUGACUUGGUCCAUUUCUUCAUUUUGGUACCAGUCUACUUUAUUUCUGCUCACUGCAGUUCCCAUAUUUUCUAAUUUGAUUCUAAUUUUCUUUAAGAAAAAUGGAAAAUGUGCUUCUGUAAAACAUCCUUUUAUAAUUCUGUCCUAAACGUAUAUAAACGUGUAUGACAUAGCUAGUACUCUUUAAUGAUUUCCUCUAAUUCCACCAAGUAGGGAAACAUUUGAAAACUGGCAACUGCAAAAAAACUAACAAAAAACCCAAGUAGAAUCCACAUAUCAACAAUAGUUUCACAUGCUGAAAAUCCACAAACUCUUAUCAAAACAAAUGCAAUAAAAAUGCAAUAAGUUUCAACACGUUAAAGGGACACUCCCUGCUCCCUCCUAAACUGCAAAUAAAUCACUAUUUAGUAGAUAUACAACUAAUGAAAACAUGAAUUCAUUUAUUUAUCAUUGAGGUUAAAUCUAAAAAACAGCUUGUAAAACCUGCAGUCCUAUUGUCUGCAGCCUUUGCAAGCCCUCCCAUUCUAACCCCGCCCAGACUUUCUGUGGCUGUCCAAUCACAGACCAAAUGCAGCUCAAUGAGAAGUCUUUGCACGGCAGGUGCUCUGGGCAAUUGUCUGGCUCUUACGUUUAUCUCCACUGAGCUAACCAAACCAGGAAGUAAAAGGAUUGGUUGUCUGAUUGACAGCCAGAGGGGUUGUAACAAGGUAAAUGUAUAAAUUUCUAUUGAAAUCUGCACUCUUCACAAAUAAAGCAUUUCUGCAAGCUAAAGUGCUUUAGAGGUCUGGAGUGUCCCUUUAAUUAUUCUGACUGUGAAAUAUUUAAAUGCUAGUUAUUUUAUCUCUCAUGUGACAUACAGUAAAGCCACAAUCAUUGUUUCAGAACAAAAUAAAGCACAUUGUCCUGCAUCUUCAAUUUGGUGUAAGUUUGCUCACUACGGUUAUAUGGACAUUUUCAGUUAAAUAUAAUGUUUGCCUUUGACUAGGUGAUGAUUGUAGUUCCUGCCCAUUUCUAAUGCCCGUAGCAUACGUCUCUGCUACCUGGUCUAGAUCAUCUGACUUGUUUCUAAAACCCCAUGAGAUAUAUAGGGAUAUGAUGUCCAUAUGCACCGUAUGUCCAUUACAAAUGUAGCCAUGAGCUGAAGAACACUCCCAUACAAACAGAAACAUCUUAAAUAACUCAGAAAUUUGGUGUACAUCCAGUCUUAUUAAUUGCUAUCCUUUGACUUGAGCUGUCCUUUCCAAGAUGAAAUGAUUUCGAUGUAGUACUGAGAAGAAUUCUCGAUAGGAUUACGAUACAAAAUGUCAAGGCUUCGUGAUUGACCCAUUGACUCUGGAAUAAAUGAAUGCAUUGAGUGCACAUAUUGUCCAUGUAACUUUUUUUUUUUCCUUUUUCUCUCCUUUUAGGACCUCACUAUGGAAACAGAUCUCAUAGCUGCAAAUGGCAAAAAAGUGAAAGCUUUAGAGAUAUUCGCUCACGCUCUCCAAUACUUUAAGGAACAAGCCCUAAAGGUGAAAGUGGAAUUCUUUUUAAAUUUAUUUUUUUGACUACUCGCACUCAGAUUAAUUAGCUAUUUAUGACUGUUCUAGAUGAUCCCUUCUAUUUCAGUGACACCAGACAGUUUGUGUGAUAAAGCCUGGGUUCUAGAUGAAGUGCUUAGAGCAUCAGUGGCCAGAUGCAUCACUAGUAAUGUGUAACUAGCUGCGCUAGGUGGUGUAUUUCAUCACUCUUUGGCCUAUUUAUGCAUAUGUCGGUAAUAUAAAUAUCUGUGUGGUUAUGAAUGUAUCUAGUGUAGUAGCUAGUGUGUUCCAUCCAAUCGUCUUAUGGCUAGAAUUUAACAUUGUUACUCUUGGAAUUCAGGAACUAAGCGACCAGGCUGGAUCAGAAAUGGACAAUGAUGAAGUAAGAUGGGUAAUCACUGUUCCGGCCAUCUGGAAGCAGCCAGCCAAGCAGUUCAUGAGGCAAGCCGCAUACAAGGUAAGAUAUUUAGAUGGCAGUCGGCAUAAGUUUGUCUUUCACAAUGUCUCUUUUUUAACUGUUGAAAGUAGAGGGUUCCAUGGUUCUCCUAGACAGUGAUAUGUAGGUGGUGGGAAAUGUCUUAUAGUCUGACAGAUUUACAGAUAUCAACCCUGUCCACAUAUUUAUGGUAAAAGCAGUAGACUUGGAUACUGUUUUGGUCCAAAUUAAAAUUUGCGCGCAUUUCGACAACUUCUGAGCUUUAUGAAUUUCCAAAACAUUUUGAAAUCCCAAUCAGAUCAAUUCAGAAGAACCUAAGGUUUUUACUAUGUACACGUCUAAAGACCAGUCUGUAAUUUCCAGACUUAUUAUACUAACUAAAUUUUACUUUGUCAAAAAAAAGAAAAAGAAAAAUUGAAAUGAGAAGUGAAUAGUUCACACUCUACUACCAACAGGCCAAGACUUUAACCGAAACCUCUAAUUUAAUAUUUUUGGUUACGUUCUUUUCAAAUGACUUAAGAGUUUUGCAUAAGCUUUGUAGUUUUUUUUUCAAAAUAAUAAAAUAUCAUAAACAAUAAAAUCAAUAUAUCAAAAUUAUUAAAAUAUCAAAAUAUUAAAAUAUUUUUCAAAAUAUUAAAUCACUUUAAAAGCUUUCCCAAAAAUAUUAAAUCGAGGAGAUGGUUUUAAAAGUUUCUAUUUAGUGUAAGAAAAUAUAUUAAGUAAUAUUUUUAUUUUAUUUAUUUAUUUAGAAAAACUGUACUUUUUUCUUAGUGUAAUGGGCUUGUUUCCCUGAUAGUCAUAACCAGUGAACAAUCAGUAUUUGAUGAAAUGGCAAAGUUUUGACACAAUAUAGAUAUGAGAUUAACAACUGCAAACUCUCAAUCCAUCCGAAAUAAUAAAUGUAUUCUCUAUUUAAGCUUGUUUAAGGUCUAUCUAAAAGCAUGGUUUGUAUAGUGUACAAAGAAUAUCUGUGAUUACUCAGGUGUAUGCAAACUCUAAAGACAGCUUGCUCCGAUGUUACAGAUGAUGUGUCCAAGCACUGCGUGAACCUGUUAUUCAUCUCUUAUUCUUGAUAGAAUUUCUAUAACAAUAAAUUGGAAAUUGCAAACUAUUAGAAUGGUUGUAAUCUGUGGAGCUUCGUCAUUGGGCCAAAGUAACCAACCUACAUUUUUCAGCCACGGUAACCUUCUGGCUGUUAUUAAUAUUAUUGAUCGAAGAAUACAUUUUACUAACAAUGAUUAGAAUCAGCCCUAUGUUUGAAAGUCCCCAAUGUGCACUUUUGUUCACCAUAAACAAAUCGUUUUCAAUUUUAAGGUAAUUUAAUCUACUCAACUGAGAGUUAUGCGUUAACAGCAGAGGAUUUAUAUUAUUUUUGCUUUAAUUUAUAUGCCUAAUAACCUUUAUUUUACCCCAAAAUGUUAAUUGGACAUAAUCUGGGUACAUUUUAUGUGCAUUGACAAAUUACAUUAAAAAGGCAAUGUGUUCAUAAUAAGACUCAUUGUUACGUUUGAUACUUCCUUUACAGUUUAUUCAGCACAUUUUAGAACAUGCGUGAAAGUCAAAAUGAGGUAGGAAAGAAAAUAAACAUAACAUAAAAAAGAUGAAAUGAAAGAACUGAAACGUAAGCGGCACUGUCAUGGCCAAAUCCAGUAUUUUUUAACCCCCCUCCUGACUCCACUACAUCUAAUUGUCCCCCAAGUCACCCCAAAUGCCCAUAUUACCUAUUUUUAAAUCUUCAUUUUGUGCCUGGACCUAGGUUCUGGGCGCCGCCAUCUUUGUGUUGGGUAGAGGAAGUCCCUGUGGGACACGUCAUCGGCCCACACUAGAUAGACUGUGAGAUUCCCACACAUGCCCAGUUAAACACUUGGGCAUUCGCUAUGGGAAUUCCGUUUAUUCAUUCAUUUGUCAAAAAGACGAAGGAAUGGAUAGAAAUUUCAGGCGAACAAACAAACAGCAAAUAUCGGUGUUCGUUUGUUCGUUCAGUUUAUUACAAGGUGGGAGCUACCGGCGCACAGCUCCCUCCUUGUAAAAUGUAAAAAGAGAAGCGGCAGGGAGCAGUUCUCCCCGCCACUUCCUAAACCCCCCAUGUCCCCCCUCACUCAAUAUGACCCCCAUAUUAACAUAAGGGAGAUUAAAAUGGUGGGGCAUCUAUUAACUAUUAACUAGCGGGGGACAUAGUGUCCCUCCCUAGCCCCCACCUGUGCCCUGCGAGUGGGGGCUAUGCAAAUAAAUGGGGGACAUAGGGUCCCCCUUGGCCCUCACCCAUGAGGGGGGCCCUAAAUGAAAAGGGGGGGGGGAACCUAUUGUUUGACUCAAACAGAGUGUUAUGAGUCAAAUUACACCGCGUGGGAAAAUUCCAAAGAACUUUCCCACGCUGUGUAAAAUGACACAGAGCACUCAGUCUGCGCAGUGCCCUCGCUGGGUGAAGAUGGAUUAAUUUUUCAGCUGCAUUUUUUUUUUCUGGUCAGAUUUUUUUUCUGCAGAUUUUUUUGGGCGCUGUGUUUUUUUAUUUUAUUUUAUAAGUUCGAAGGGUAUUAUGGUUUUUUUAUUUGGCCCUUUUUGGGUCUGGAAAAAAGUGGGGUUUUUUAAAAAAAAGAGACAUCAAAUGGGUAGAAUUUUUUUUUUAUUUAUGUACAGGUAUUUAGUUUUAUUGUCUCUCCCCUCACUAUUUUAAGGGUGAAGGGGUAGGUAUGACUUAUUAAUUUAUUUUUUUUAAGUGGGAGGGUGACUAGGGGCUUGGGGACCGGGGGACCUGGGUGGGGGCCAGGGGGAGGACAAUAGGCCCCCCAUUUUCAUUUAGGGCCCCCACCUGCCACUCAUGGGUGGUGUCCAGGGGGAGGACAAUAGGUCCCCCCCCCAUUUUCAUUUAGGACCCCCACCCGCCGCUCAUGGGUGGGGGCCAGGGGGAAGACAAUAGGUACCCCCUGUAACGGCACCCCCAGGCAUAAAACGGUUAAACCGCCGUUUAGUAGAUCUUCCCCUUCCAGAGACACAGGCACAGCUACUGCAGAACACCAAUCCACCGAACCGGAGAAGCAUAUGAAUGCUGUAAACAGCCGAACCGGAACCAUACGAAUGCUGUAAGCAGCCGAAUAGGAAAAACCAUACGAAUAGGUUUACACUCCUAGCAGUCAAACUGGAACAGCAUACAAUAAAUCCCCCCAAGAACGAGACAAGGCUCCGUGUUGAGGGUCAAGCAGUGGUCUGUUUAAUGAGGGCUACCUGCCCAGUAUUUAUGCAGGUCUCCCACCUGGUGGACACUACCCUAGGGGACCAAAUGGGAGACUGUAACCAAGGACAGACAAGCUUCAAUCUAGGACACACAGUCACAUUAUUUUCCCACAAUGCAUCCUGGCUUCCUCCCCUCUGCCUUGGAGAUAAUUGAGAAGUAAUUUAAUUAUCUCCCAGGACAAAGGCAAAUCGCCAUUAUGCACGUGGGGAUACCAAUAUAGGAAUUACUGUUAAAAUCCCCCAUGUUAGAAAGGUUACAUAUAUAUAUUUUUAACAUAUCCCCAGAUAGCUCAGGUCUGAGCGCACAUUAUUAAGCGAAUGGCGCUCAGACCACACAAAUACAGUCCAAUCACCAUGGAGCCAAAGUGUUCACAAAGUCAGUUCUCAUACGAAUGAGUUCCACGGGAUUCCUAUCUGGGGUAUGGUGUAGUCAGGUACAACUACCGAAUAUAGGGCCGUUCGUGCACUUCUACCGAACAAGAAGGGAGGUCGGCGGCUUCAGCGGUGUUUGCACCAAAAUGUAUCCGUUUUCAGUUCCAUGAGUUGGGCGUCGAACACCGCUGUGCGUUCGCGUGUUUAAAAUGGGCGCAACCUCGUGUUCGGUAUACGAAUGGCGGCCACCCAGCAUUCGUCAAUUGGCGACACACUCCAGCUCCCAGGUGGUCCAGUCAUUCAUGUGUUAGUUCGGUAGAUUGAAUCUACCGAACACCAGGCAGAAAGGCACGAAUAAGCCUUUUCUGCAGGGGAAAAAGAAGGCUUUCAACAUGGGGCCAUAAUCCAAAGGCAACAGGCGAGCAACCAGGCUUCUCCAAUGCAAUGUGGCGAGAUAGGUCUCGUCACACCCCCCAUUGUCAUUUAGGGCCCCCACCCACCACUCAUGGGUGGGGGCCGGGGGGAAGAAAAAUAGGUUCCCCCCACCAUUUUCAUUUAUGGUCCCCACUCAUCGCUCAUGGGUCAGGGGCGGGGGGAGGACAAGUGUAAUUUAGGGCCCCACGCCGCUCAUGGGUGGGGGCCGGGAGGGGGGGAGGACAAUAGAUCCCCCUCCAUUGUCAUAUAGGGCCAUCACCUGCCGCUCAUGGGUGGGGGACAGGGGGGAGGACAAUAGGCCCCCCCAUUUUCAUUUAGGGCCCCCACCCACCGCUCAUGUGUAUGAAUGGGGGGAGGACAAUAGGUGCCCCCUCAUUGUCAUUUAGGGAACCCACCCACCUCUCGUGGGUGGGGGCCGGGGGGAGGACAAUAGGUCCCCCCAUUGUAAUUUAGCCCCCCACCCGCCGCUCAUGGGUGAGGGCCGGGGGGGAAGGACAAUAGGUCCCCCCAUUGUCAUUUAGGGCCCCCCCCACCGCUCAUGGGUGGGGGCUGCGGGGAGGACAAUAGGUUCCCUCCACCAUUUUCAUUUAUGGUUCCCACCCACCGCUCAUGGGACAGGGCCGGGGGGGGGACAAGUGUAAUUUAGGGCCCCCACGCCGCUCAUGGGUGGGGGCCGGGUGGGGGUGAGGACAAUAGAUUGUCAUUGUCAUUUAGGGCCCCCACCUGCUGCUCAUGGGUGGGGGUCGGGGGAAGGACAAUAGGCCCCCCAUUGUCAUUUAGGGCCACCACCUGCAGCUCAUGAGUGGGGGAAAGGGGGAAGGACAAUAGGUCCCCCCCUUAGUGUCAUUAAGGGAACCCACCCGCCUCUCGUGGGUGAUGGUCGGGGGGGAGGAUCACCCCAUUUUCAUUUAGGGCCCCCACCUGCUGCUCAUGGGUGGAAGCCGGGGGGAGGACAAUAGGACCCCCAUUUUCAUUUUGGGCCCCAACCCACCGCUAAUGGGUGGGGGACGGGGGGAGGACAAUAGGUGCCCCUCUCAUGGGUUGGGGCCAGGUGGAGGACAAUAGGUCCCCCAUUGUCAUUUAGGGCCACCACCUGCCGCUCAUGGGAGGGGGACAGGGGGGAGGACAAUAGGUCCCCCCUCAGUGUCAUUUAGGGAACCCACCCGCCUCUCAUGGCUGGGGGCCGGGGGAAGGACCGCCCCAUUUUUAUUUAGGGCCCCCACCUGCCGUUCAUGGGUGGAGGCCAGGGGGAGGAAAUAGCCCCCCACAUUUUCAUUUAGGGCCCCCACCCGCUGCUCAUGGGUGGGGGGCUGGGGGGAGGACAAUAGGUCCCCCCCUUUCAUUUAGGGCCGCCAUCCGCCGCUCAUGGAUUGUUGCAGGGAGAGAAGAACAAUUGGUUCCCCCCUAUGGUCAUUUAGGGCCCCUGUUUUUAUUCCUGGUGGGGUUCACGUGAUUAAUCCAACAGUGUAUUCUAGCCGCAAUUUGUUAGUGCCCUUUUAUUACACACCAAUAUUGUAUGAUUGUAAGAACAUUUGUGAAAUAACUGAUUGUAAGAUUAGGAGUGAAAUCAUUGAUUGGAAGACCAGGGUGAAAUCAGUGAUUGGAAGAUCGGGGGUGAAAUCAUUGAUUGGAAGAUCGGGGGUAAAAUCAGUGAUUGGAAGACCGGGAGUGAAAUCAGUGAUUGAAAGAUCGGGGGUGAAAUCAGUGAUUGGAAGAUCGGGAGUGAAAUCAGUGAUUGGAAGAUCGGGGGUGAAAUCAGUGAUUGGAAGAUCGGGGGUGAAAUCAGUGAUUGGAAGAUCGGGGGUGAAAUCAGUGAUUGGAAGACCAGGAGUGAAAUCAGUGAUUGGAAGAUCGGGGGUGAAAUCAGUGAUUGGAAGAUCGGGGGUGAAAUCAGUGAUUGGAAGACCAGGAGUGAAAUCAGUGAUUGGAAGAUCGGGGGUGAAAUCAGUGAUUGGAAGAUCGGGGGUGAAAUCAGUGAUUGGAAGACCAGGAGUGAAAUCAGUGAUUGGAAGAUCGGGGGUGAAAUCAGUGAUUGGAAGAUCGGGGGUGAAAUCAGUGAUUGGAAGACCAGGAGUGAAAUCAGUGAUUGGAAGAUCGGGGGUGAAAUCAGUGAUUGGAAGAUCGGGGGUGAAAUCAGUGAUUGGAAGACCAGGAGUGAAAUCAGUGAUUGGAAGAUCGGGGGUGAAAUCAGUGAUUGGAAGAUCGGGGGUGAAAUCACUGCUUGGAAGCACAUGGAGGCAGACUCUAUACGCCCAGUAGUUGUGCACUGCGGCAGGUAUGAUUGCCUGGAGUGUCAUGUGAAUCUUAAAGCUCAGCAGUUGAAUGUUACCUCUGCCGAGUUACAGCUCCUGCUGCCUGUCUUGGCUCUGUGAGAGCUGCAUGCACUUACAUAAUGCAAUGCUGGAGAACCUGCAUGAAGGGGUUAACACCUGCUGAUGUAAUCAUUGCGCAGCAAGAACUUGUGCCAAGAAAGCACUUUAGCGUGGUCCGAUUCCAUCACACACAUUAACCCUUGUACCUGCUUAACGAGGCAACACAAAAUCAAUUAGUGAUGAAUUACAACACCCACUGCAGGGCUGCGUCCAGGAAAGCCUUACUUACCCCGAUAUUAAUCAGAUCAGCCGAUAUAUGUAACUGCAGACAGAAUGUAUCAAUCUGCCAACAUUUAUUACUAGCUCAUAGCUGCCUCGCUUCGAAUCCUCCUUGGAUCAGGCUUCCAUGUCUCGUUCUCAUAGUCUGCAGGCUGUUUUACACAUGGUGAGCUACAGAGUGAAACAGCUAAACCCAGUGUCCUUCUAUCUCCCAUCGUUUAACUGGGCAAGGGGUCAAAAAGGUCAUAGCUUGUAGCAGCCGUAUUCCCAUAUAGAGAUGCUGAGCCUGGCAGGGUCACAACGUGUUCCUCUCAAAACGAAUUACAGUAUCAACUGCAGAAAUGAUUCAUCUCCCCAAUCCUUCUGCUAUCAGUAAUUAAUGGGACAUUAGUCCAAGCAGACAGUGACAAACAGGAUUAUUCACUAACGCGUGCAUGUAGGCCAAAUCAAUACAAACUGGAAACAUUCUGGUCCAAUCUGGCGUAUUUUGGUCUAAUAUGUGAAUUUCAAUUUAUCCAUUACUGAAUAACCCUGGUAAGGUUAGGACAGGACAAAAUCAUGGCUGGAUUUCUAAUUAGAAAGUUGGUUUAUUUUCUAAACAAUGGAUUUUAAGAAAUCAAACAAAAACUACUACUAAAAUAACACUAAAAAUAACCAUUUUAACCUUAAAUCUAAUACACAGUUUACCUGUAGAAACAUUAUGUGAAUUGAGAUCCACAUUGCAACGUUCGAGAUGAUUUUCCUGAGUUUUUUUGGAUUAAAAUUUGCAAUUCCCCACCUGGUUUAGAGAAAUGUAUCUAAAUUCUAAACAUACACCUUUAACAUAAUUAUAUCGAACAAAAAACUCUACUAUAUAAAGUAUCAAUAAAAAGCCAUUUUAAUAUUAAAUAUAAUAUAUAAUGACUUUUUAUUAGAUCACUCUGUGAUUAUUCAGGGCAGAUGAUUUUGUAAGAACCAAGAAUACAAGGACAGUCUGCAGACAGAACACACGAAGAAACAUAAGACAGUGAUAACAGCCCAGCGAUAACAGCCUAGCGAUAACAGCCCAGUGAUAAUAACAACCCAGCGAUAACAGCCCAGUGAUAAUAACAACCCAGUGAUAACAGCCCAGCGAUAACCGCCCAGUGAUAACAGCCAAGCGAUAACAGCCCAGUGAUAACAGCCCAGUGAUAAUAACAACCCAGUGAUAAUAACAACCCAGUGAUAACAGCCCAGCGAUAACAGCCCAGUGAUAAUAGCCCAGUGAUAACAGCCCAGUGAUAAUAGCAGCCCAGUGAUAACAGCCCAGUGAUAAUAGCAGCCCAGUGAUAACAGCCCAGUGAUAACAGCCCAGCGAUAACAGCCCAGUGAUAACAGCCCAGUGAUAACAGCCCAGUAACAGCCCAGUGAUAACAGCCCAGUGAUAACUCAGCAGUGAUAACAGCCCAGUGAUAACAGCCCAGUGAUAACAGCCCAGCCCCAGGGCCAACAGCCCAGUGAUAAUAGCAGCCCAGUGAUAACAGCCCAGUGAUACCAGCCCAGUGAUACCCCAGCGAUAAUGGCCCCAGCGAUAACCCAGUGAUAACAGCCCAGUGAUAACAGCCCAGUGAUAAUAGCAGCCCAGUGAUAACAGCCCAGUGAUAACAGCCCAGUGAUAAUAACAGCCCAGUAACAGCCCAGUGAUAACAACCUGCUUUACUUUAUUUUUCCUUGUUUUCUUUUGUUCCUGUGCUAUUUGAAAAUAAAUGGCCUUAUCGUUUUGAAGUUCCCUCUGUGAUUUGUGUACCUAUUCAACAGUCAAACUCAAGCUGAGGAGCAGAGGAAAGUGAUGGAGGGUAACCUUAACGUGUGGAAUUAUCUAUCCCAAACUGCUUUCUAUGGCAGUAUGCAGGGCCAUCUUUAAUGUUGAUUGGACCCUUGGCAAGCAUUAGCUUGGGCCCUCUGGUCCCUGUCUCCCACCUUGUAGCAUGCAAACACGCCUUCCACCGAAAGACACACAUAAAGAAAACACAAAAAGCACACACACACAUAGAUCGUAGACUUAGCCACACCUAGAGAAAAAACACAAACUGACACACAUACAAAUACAAACACUGACACACAUGCAGAUACACACAGACACACAGGUGCAUACACAGAUACACUCACUAACAAACAUGCAGACACACACAAACACAUACAGAUACACAGACACAGACAGAUACACAAGGGCACACACUGACACACAUGCAGGUACACAGACAGACUUAAUGAGAAACAUUCAGAUACACAGGAUGACACUCAUAUAGAGGCAAACAUUGACACACACAGAUACAGAGGGGCACACACUUACACACAUACAGACACACUUAGAGACAGAUACACAUACAGACUGAGACACAUACAGACACACAGAUACACACACAGAUGUAUAUACACAUACAGACAGAUACACAGACAGAAACACACACAAAUACGCAAACAGAAAGAUACAUACAGACACACAGAUACACAUAUAGACAGACACACAUGCAUAUACACAUACAGACACACAGGUACAUAUAUAGACAGAUACACAUGCAUGUACACAUACAGACAGAUAUACACACAAACACACAUACAGAUACACAUACAGACAGAUAUACACACAGAUACACAGACACACAUGCAUAUACACAUACCAAUACACAUACAGACAGAUACACAUACAGACAAACAGAUACACAUACAGACAGAUACACAUACACACACACACACAGAUAAACAGACACAUGUAUAUACACAUACAGACAGAUAUACACACAGAUACACAGACACACAUGCAUAUACACAUACAGAUACACAUACAGACAAACAGAUACACAGACAGACAGAUACACACACACACACACAUAAACAGACACAUGCAUAUACAGACUGAUACACACACACACACAGAUAAACACACAUGCAUAUACACAUACAAACAGAUAUACAGACAUAUACACAUACAGUCAGAAAAACACAAAGACGGCUACACAUGCAGACAGAUAUGCACACACAAACAGACACACAUGGAAAAUAUACAUUUUCAGUCAACCUCCUGUUUCCUACCUUUUGGGUGCAGGAGGGUGACCUCCCUGGGGUCCAGUGACUGUCUGAGGCUGUUGAAAGUUUGUCUCUCUCCCAGUCCACUCUCUUCCUCCCUCCCGCGCGGCACUCCCUGUGCUAGCUAGGAGGAAAUUAUGGCACUAACUCCUAGCGCUAUCGCACUGUUAAAGCGCCACUGGUCGCACUGUUAAAGCGCCACAGCGCUGACCGGGCCCCUGCAGACUCAUUGCCAUCAAGUGGCCCUAAAAGCAUGGGCCACCCUAUAUGACCCCACCACGGCAGGCUCAAGGGGCAGCUGUUUUGGACCCCAUAGGAAUGACUGGGCCCAGGGCAGCUGCCCCUUUUGCCCCGCAUUAAAGAUGGCCCUGGCAUUCUGUCAUGGGCAGCAAGGGAGUCACAGAGCCUUGUCCAUAUAAACUCAGUUUUACUGUAUGUAUUAGUUCCCCAUAGCAUCGAGUUUCACCAUAUCCUGGCUGUAGAUAGCUUCACAGCUGUGCUGAUCACUGGCACACAUUUACUGAAGGCGCCAUGAUUUGGGGCCAAACAGGACUCUCAUUCGAUAAAGCCACCAGAGAAUGCGGCACAAGAUCUAUUCCUAAGAUAUAUCCAAUCAGUCUGAACCGUGACUCAAUGAAAAGAGAGUUUGUCAAAUACCACUUGGUAAUAAGGGGUCCUUUCACCACAGCCUCUCCAGAAUGCUAUAUUGUUAUUAGGAAGUGUUUAACAAACCAAAGCAUUUUAAGCAUGAGGUUGGUGCAGAAUUAUUGAUCUUGGCUUUAAUUUAAGCUAGUGGCCGCAUCAGAUUCCCAUUCUCUGAGCUCUUCCUCAAUGACAUAGCAAGAACUAAACUCUGGAUCUGAGUUACUGUUUAUAUUUUCAAGGGGGGAAUCGUCCAGGUUAUUCUGUCACAUAUGAUUUCCUGAUAUUCUGCCAAUAAACCCUCCUCAUUUUGUGAGAUUAGUCCGAAUGACCGCAACAAUAAUUUAAUUAAUGAACCAUUGAAUAAGCUCUUAAAUUCCUAUCCAGAGCAGUCAGGUAACUAAAAUGAAUAACAUCUAGCCAAUUAGAUACUAACUGUGGGCAUUCUAACUUCAUAAAGCGCCAACAUAUACCAUAGCACCCAUUUAACAGGCAUUGGCCAUUACACUAAGCAAACAUUGAUGUCAGGUUAAAAUAAUCUGUGCAUUAAUUAAACAUCCAUCACAAAAAUAAUAUAUAUAUAUAUCAGGAUUUAAAUAUUGCAGCAGUUAUAUAAACAGAGUCUAGCUUUUAUCGUUCAGUAUUUGUAGAUUAUAUAAAACAUUGAAAUUAGUACAUUGUGCACUAAAUUGGAGGUUUUUAUGUUUAAAUACACAUUAAGUCAAACAUUUAGUAUAGAUUCCCCAGCUAAUGGAGCCCAAAUGAGACAUGGUGGGUCUGUUUGUAUAAUUAUCAUCUAUUUCUCUUGGUCAUACUACUUAUUUACAGAUCAUUUUAGGAUCUGAGAUCACAAAACGGAUUGAAAGCUCAAAGCAGAUGUGCUGGAAGUGGUCCAACUCUUGUACCUUGUCCAUUACUGACAUUAAUUGGAUGUACACAUUAUGCUGUAUACCACUAUAUUUCUAAGGUACUCCGUAACCUCCAGCGGGGUGUAAUUAGCAGGUUGGUGCUAUUUGCUCUGGGAAUAUUUUUUAGUACAGAGAAAAAUAUGCUUUUAAUAAAGGGAAUUAGUGUUAUCCCUCCCAUUCAGAUUGAUACAUACUUCAAACACACGACGGUAUUGCAGAAAUGUCUUUUUAUCCACAAUACUGUCUGUUUCUGCAAAGAAUGACUAAUGGACACUGGGACGGGGAGAGACAAUGGGUACCAACAGCCUGUGUGAUUAGAAAGCUUGUAAUGGGGAGCAGAUUUAAAGCCUCCUAACUGAUAAUGCAUUAUCGCAUGUUGCAUCUGCCUUAUCUUAAUAACAGAAUAGCAGAGACAUCAAUUAGAUAAUAAAAUCAAGCUUAAUUCUGCAAGUGUCAAACUAAGAGAUGUUUUACCUAAAGUGUCACUGACCCCUUUUGGCCUAUUUACCAUAUAAACUUUAAACUUUUGCCCUUGCCUUGUGUCUAUGGGCUUGGGCAGUUUGUUACCCCAUACAGUGUUACAGUAAACCCCAAUACUGACUCACUUUGAUUUUAUUAUUUUUAUCUAAUUAUAAAGCACCAACACGUUCCGCAGCGCUGUACAUGGGUACAAUUGGUCCAAGCAAAAACACAAAAAUGAAAUACAGCUGGGAUAUUACAAAAUGCUACAAACGGAGGAUUUCGGGGUGCUAGUCCUGUGGGAACUUAUAAUCUAAAUAUAAGAAGGUCCUUAUUAUUUAUGUACUAGAUAGAUAGACUGGAAGACAGGCGAGUGGGCAGAUGGUAGUUGGGUGGGUAGAUAAUUAUGAAAUUGGGGAACGAGGCCGGUCGGUGGAUGUUUAAAUAGAUCUGGAAAUAAUUCACUAAACUUUGUGAUAGAGUUUCUGCUCACACACAGACUGUAGCGCACCAUUUACUUUGUGUUAUCUGAUUCACCCAGGACGAUCCUCUCUGUACAACGUAUUUCCCAUGUGAUACUUUUAAUCCAUUCUUUGUUUUUGUUUUGUCUCCCAGGCAGGCAUGGUAAGUCCUGAGAACCCUGAGCAGCUGAUCAUUGCUCUCGAGCCUGAAGGAGCUUCUAUAUACUGCAGGAAGCUCCGUCUUCAUCAGAUGAUUGACCUGAGUACCAAAGCGGCAAUCAAUGGCUUCAGCCCGACCGACCCAGGUGGGAUUUCUACUCACAGCCCUUUCCCGUCACAGUCACUUGAUGUAAAGCGUCCCCUUGUCCAGGGAACAAUUCCAUCAAAAGGAUAGUUCCACAAGCAAUUCAUGUCCAUAGAAGGACCAUAGUGAUGAAUAAUCUGGAAUGGUGAUAAUUAAUAAAUAGAGCAAUAAUGAAUUAAUUGGAUGAAGAAGCACAUUUUGUGGAGGGCGAGUUCACCUGAUAAUUUGUAUUUAGUUAGAGGAAGGCGGUCAAUUAGUAAAUGAUUGAUGGGAAGGUCACGGUCUGUAAAUGCUGAUUUUAUUAACAGAUCCAUUUAGAGGAGCAGUAAACAAAUCUCGCUAUAUAUUUAAUAAACCAAUAGAUGUUGUUCUGCUGUUCCUGUUUGUCACUUUAUUUGUUACUUUUUGUCACUUGUUUUGGGAACCAAAUGGUGUUAAAAUUCUCCUAUCAGAGCAGCACAAUAUAUACAUAAUAUCUAUAUUUUGCAGUACACUGAUUGGCCAAUUUUCGCUCCAUAAUGACUGCAUGGAUGAAAUUAAUCAGAAACGCCCCCUGGAGAAAUCACGAAUAGACAAACCAUUUUUUCUUUCAGAUGUUAUGAUUCAGCCAAACCAAACGUUUUUGCCAUACACAAGUCUAUUAAUUAGGAAUUGUAUAACGUGGCCAGUGACAGUUUUGGGAUUGCUCAAUGUUGCUGGAAACACAAUGUAACAAUGUCAGUAUAGAGCGUAACUAAUUGGAGCUCAGUUAUUGAUGACACCUAGUGAAUCAACAUGGUGAUAUUUGUCAUUUCAAUUUCGACGUCCCUAUCACAAGGCUAUGACACAUUAUUAAUAUCUGAAUAGUUCUGGGUGAAUCGGAGCAGGUUCAAUGAAAGUAGAUAAUUGCAUGUAAUAUCUCUUGGAUUUUGAUCCAGGCAAAAUUAUGACAACUCGAAAGUCAGGAAACGCUCAUAGCCAUCCUCUCUUUCUGAGAUAGAAAAUGCGAAGAGCUCACGUGACAAAAAAGAGUUAUAGAGGUCAUUUUAAAUGUGACUUAAAAACCAACCGUUACACGAUAAAGGCUAAUGUUUGUAAUACUUCUCUGCCACCUAGUGGUCAACAUUGCCAAUUACUGGAGGAAAAAAACAUUUAUUAUUUUUGAAACCACUCAUAUUUAAGAUGUUUACCGUUAUUUUGGGGAACUAAUGCUUUUACUCAAUUGAUGGGAAAAAAAUAAUAAUCUACUUCCAUAUAUUACUGGGUGACACAGAAAAUACUACAAGUUGUAUAUUCUAGUUCUCUUGUAGAGAGCAAGCUUUUAAAGAGAUUGGGUUAUAAAUGACAUAAAAAGCUAAACGUAUUAUAAUACAGUGAGUAGCAUGUCUGACAUGUUUAAUAAUAUAGAUAUAACUUACUUAUGGCUGGAAUGACACGGUAUGAAUGCUUCGCAGCUUGUUACAGAUACGACUCAGCGACUUCCAAAACUCUAAGUACCUGAGUCACAAAUUAAAUGAGCCACCAAAGCCAAACAUGUUCGUUUCGAUUCAUGAUUCUGAAUGCGACCCAUGGUGCCAAAAGAAAAGAUAAUCAGAAAAAAAUGUUUUAUGGUUAGGGGACAGUCACGAAAUGAUGAUUUUAUUCACAGAUCAAGUGGUCAAUAGAGAGGAAAAAAAGACAAUAUAUACCUGUAUAUUAUAUAUUUACUAUAUAUCAUAUGUUACUAUGGAUUGUUUGUAUUGCCCCUCCUGUUUCCCCUCCAUUUGUAACUUUUUCUCACUUGAUCUGUGAACCACUUGGCGUAAAAAUGCUCCUAUCAUUCUAUUUAUAUUUUGUAUAUAUGUUACAGUACACUGAUUGGCCCAUUUGUUCCUCCUUUUCGAGGCACUCCAUUCAUUUCUAAAUUGGGAUUUGGUAACGAGAUUCUUCUGAGCUGAACUUUCAAAUGGUAACAUUUUCAGGAUAAAUGGUUCAGCCAAGCCGAAUGUUCUUGCCGUACGCAUGUCUAUUGUAUUGUGUGAAAAUGUAGUGACACAUCUUCGAAUCCAUAUCCUUAAUAAAUAAUAAUAAAGGACUCAAUUCUAGAUUCAGACUCUGUAAAAAUAGUUUAAAUGGGAUCACUGGACAUUUCACCUAAUUGGAGUUGCUCAAAUUAGGAGAAUGAUGACUGUGAAGGUUAUUUAUUAAACGGAGAAUUAAAAGUGAAUUUCUAAUUUAAUACCAGAGUAGCCAAACAGGAAACAUAGCUGGCUUAAAAAACAUUCCUAGUUUUGCUAAGUGGACAUUAAAUAUGAAAUUUGCUUUGGAUUCACCUAGAAUUCACACACUGGCUGUCUUUGUGCAUUGACAUCUCCAGGGGAUUUUCAGAAGCAAUGACUUUUGGAGAAUACUCACACAGUUAUGCGAGAGAUACCAGCACUCGUGGUGUAAUAGAGAUUCCAGUCCUUUUCUUGGAGAAUACAGCUUUUAUUUGAUAUCCAGAUCGGAUAUCAUUCUCGGGCACAAAGCAAAGAGUAGGGGUCAGCAAAGGGACCUAAAGGAAUUCUAUGAGCUGGGAAUUGCCAGUUUAAAAUCUUGUUAGGGAGUAGAAUAUGUCAUCACCCAAUUUAGGCACGGUGCAGGAAGCACUUCAAAAUGCCACAUUCAACAACUAGCCUUUCUCACAGAGAGGCUGACAGAUUUAAAGAGGCGAGAAAUCAAGAGUAAGUUCCUCUUUUUCAAUUCUUCAUGCUUGUAAUGGCCAGCUGUUCUAGUGAAACCCCUGGUGGACUUCUGUAGACCAAAGAAGACCUGAUGAUACUUCAUAAGACACUUGGAAUUUUUAUUUUUCAAAUAUGUAUAAUCUAAUAGUUAAGCAAGUGGUAUCAGUAUGAGUUGGAGGUUGAUGUGAAUUCAUGCGUAAACUUCUGGGAAAUUAAACUGUGAAUCUCUUUUUGCAUAUGACCAGCCAAAGACCAUGUACGCCGUAAUCGUCAGAGUCGGACCUUCCUGGUUGAAAAUGUAAUUGGAGAGCUGUGGUCAGAACUCGAGCAAGGUACUGCUAUGUCCCGCAUCUGCAUUCCCAAACCAUAGAGAUGUCUAAUCAAUGAAUCUUGAGUCCUCAAAUUUCAGUGUAGGUCAGCAUCUGCCAUGAAUUUAUAUUCUUGCUCUAAAAAUGAGCCCAGUUGUCCAUGAUGUCACCCAGGAAAUAGGAGUUUUCUGUAGUUUAAUAUGAGCAUUGCAGGUUAAUAAAGAAUGACCGGGCCAGCUGUAGCUCUGAGAACCAAAUUUGUGUUAUCUGUCAUCUCUACUUAGAUGGUGUCGCUAACACUAUAGUAAUUUCUAUUAUGGUAAAAGGACAUGUGGAUCUGCAAUGGGUGAGAUUACUUUUAGCUCUCUGAUUGCCGAAGAUGAGUAAUUUAUUGCAAAACUCUGUAUGUCUGUAGCUUCUAGUAUCUAAGUAUGAGCCGUGUUUGUUUAAUUACAGUAAUUCAUUUUAAAUAUGUUUCCAGCACUGAAUUUAACACCCCCUUUAUACAAGUUGUUAUUACCGCCAUGUGGCUUUUUAUAUAACCUAUAUCUCACCAGUUUUUUAGGUUUAAUUGCUCACCAUCCUUUGCCAUUAUAACAAAUAAUAACCUAUGGAUCCCUUUCCUUGCAGGAAUUUACCGGUAUGUCUAGAAAACCCAAUGUGCAUAAUUUCAAACUUGUUUGCAUCAAAUUGCAGUCUCUAUAAAGGUCAAUAACAUGGAGAGAAGCUACAUUUCAGUCCAGUUUUAGCACAGAGCAGUCUUUCUUAAAUAGUUUCUCUAAUAAAGAACGAGUGCAAAGUUGGAGAGCAGAAGUUAUUGUUUCAAUUUGCAUACCACUGUUGCAAAGAAGUGUAUCACUUGGCUCUGUUUUCUCUGUCUUAGGGGAUCGUUAUGUUGUUGUUGACUGUGGUGGGGGCACGGUGGAUCUAACCGUCCACCAGAUAAACUUACCUGAAGGACACCUCAAAGAACUCUACAAGGCAUCAGGUAGGUUGUAUGACGUCACUGGGUUUAUCUUGAAUACUUUGUAGUCUAAAUCGUGUUGUUUUGUUGUUAUGAAAACCGUUUAAAUUAUUUUUCGAUACAGGUGGACCUUAUGGGUCUCUUGGGGUUGACUACGAAUUUGAGAAGCUGCUUUGCAAGAUAUUUGGAGAUGAUUUUGUUGACCAGUUCAAAGUGAAGCGUCCUGCUGCAUGGGUGGAUCUGAUGAUUGCUUUUGAGUCUAGAAAAAGAGCUGCAGCCCCAGACAGAACCAAUCCGCUAAACAUUACCUUGCCUUUCUCGUUUAUCGAUUACUACAAGAAGUUCCGAGGUCACAGCGUGGAGCAUGCUUUGCGCAAAAGCAAGUUAGUAUGCUGUGUGUAUAUGUCAUGUGAGUGUGAGUACACCCCAGGAUUGCUGUAAGAGUGGGCGCUCCAUUCUGUAAUGCAAUAUGCACGCUGUGUGCUAUGCAUUAUGGGGCCUUGUAGAAGUGAUAUAGAGACAUACCAGCUGGUACCUGAAUGCAGUCUUACAGGAACAUAUAACAUUAAAUAAAUAAAUUUUCUGCUGUGAGAAUAACAGAUUAAGCAGUUCUACACAAAUAUGCGUAUUCAAAAAUAAAUAAAAUAUUCUAAAACACUGGAUUACAGGGAAUAUUUCCUGCAGCAUUCAAGGAAAACUGGCUAAAAUUGGAAAAGGAUAUGCAAUAUACAUUCAUUUAAAAAAAUACAGAUAUUUAAAUCUUUCACUCCAUGAAAGAAACAGUACUUUAUACACACAUUCAGUUUUUAUUUGCUGCCGGUUUUGACUUUGUGGUGAUGUGAAAUAAAAGGGUUAUUCACAGUGACGGUAGGAGGAUUGUGCCAAUUUUGGGGGGUAAUUAUCAUAGAACCUAGGUCAAUUAAGGUCACCCAAAAGGUUCAUCCUUCCAGGGGAAGAAUUCAGUGGAAUCUCUUGUGGAAUUAGGUGAGUUUAAUUUUAGACUGUAAACCCUUUAUAUUCCUGUUAGAUUUGACAUAUGUCAACCUUGUUUUAUCAUUUGUUCAUAUUUGCAAAAAGUAAAUUGAAUCUGUAAUUCUGUUUAACUCCUUCCUGAUGAGAUAUCAGACUAAUCUUAUUCCAUAACGCCAUGUGUAGCAAGCCGUCGGUAAUGAAGAGGUUAAAGCUGUACAGUAAUGACGUGUUGUGUUACGCUGUUCUUCUCAUUCAGUGUAGACUUUGUGAAGUGGUCUUCCCAAGGAAUGCUAAGGAUGAAUCCAGACGCCAUGAAUGCUCUUUUCAAGCCCACCGUAGACCACAUCAUUGAACAUCUAAGUAAGAACGGCAGAAUUUAAAGCAGCCUUUUAAUACAUGACAUUUAACGCAGCUCUGUUAAAACAAUAUUUCCUUUGAGUAUAUAUAUAUAGAUAGAGUCUUUAUACAGGGGCACAAGUUACAGAAAUGCCUGGGGCGUGAUCCCAAAGCAAACUUCAAUGACCCCUACACUGACAGAUGUAGGAACAGGUCAUGGCAUGUCCCAUUCUCUUAUCAGAUGAACUGCUUAUGCUUUCCAUGAAUUGAAUAAAAUAAAAACAAAUGUUAAAAAUAAUACAGCCAUGUGGGGUCAGGCCUGGUACAAGACUAUUUUGCUUUUUCCCUUUCCCCAGCCCCUCUAUGUGUCUCUUCCCUCCCAGCACCUUUGUUGGUCUCAUUCUCCCACAAAGGUGUCUUUUUCUCCCCCAACUCCUUUGUGUGUCUCUUUUUCCCCUUCCUCAGCACCUCUUUUUGUCCCCCCCAGAACUUUAGUGGGACUUUUUGUCCCCUUCUAUGCCUCUUUCCCCAGCACCUUUGUGGGUCUCUUUCUCCCCCCAGCACUUUUGUGCGUCUCUCUUCUCUCCAAAGCCCCUAUGUGUGCCUCUCCCCCUUCAGCCCUCUGUGUGCCUCUGUCUCCCUUAGCUCUGAGUGCCUCUCCUCUCUAACCCGUCUACUUUGUGGUCCCCCCCCAACUCCCCAUUCGUGCAUACUCUCCUUCCACCUCCUGUGAAAAGUGGCCGACCCACAGGCCGCAGUGGAGUUGCUCAUGUUCCCUCUAGCCUCUAUUCUCAAUGAGCACUUCCUGUUAGACCUGGUAGGGAAUAUUGAAGCUUCUCUACCAUGCAUGCAGUGGCCAGCAGGGUAACGCUGUGCUGUGUGCUCCCCUCCUGCUGGUCAUCCGGAGACUGCACCCACCGGGCUGGGGUGCCCUAUGUGGCUACCUAACCCACCUAGCAGUUGCGCCAACUCAAUGUGGGGUUGAGGAUCGGGCAUCUAACUAAUCACAGGGUACUGAAGGCUCUUCUCGCUCCCUGAGCUAAAGAAAACAACUGCUUCUGCUUUAUUUUUAUCUUUUAUUUUUCUUUGGGGCUUGUUCUCACCAGAUAAAUACCAGAAAUCAUGUCCUACUUUAGUAGAUAUACCCCCAUGUCUGUGUUAUUUUGAACAUUACCAUGACAACAAUAAGCACAACUUGUUUUGACUAAAUUAAAUAUUGGCAAAUUCAGAAGAAAUGUCUUGUUGGGAUUUGCUCAUAUCAGGCCCUUUCUUUAAUGUCUGUAUAACUAUAACUGUUUUAGACGUGGGCGCUCACCGUACUAUAUGGAGUGUGACUGUAAAUCUAUAUAAGACAUUUAUUUAAUUAUUACUCAUGGACUUGUUUACUAAAUAGUGAAAUUACUCCAUGUUAACUGAAUUGGAAACCACCACAUCUAUUUUAAUGUCCAUUUUGAAUUUAUUUACAUUAACUUAAAAGUGUAAUUUAGACCUUACGUUAAUAAACUUUCUAAAUUAUUCAAUACUGUUAGAAAUCCCUACCAAAUGAGUAAUCUACAACAACCCUAUAGAGUAUAAUCGUGACUUCUGUAAAUCAUUUGGUACGUUUUUCUAACAGUACUGAAACAGUUUGAAAAAAAGUUGUUUUCGUGAUUAUAGUGUCUCUAAUUAUAUAUAAUAUUUGCAAUUAAUAAAACAAAUAAUGAAAGGGACUCUACAGUUACCAAAACAAAUUUAGCUAGUCUCACUUCUCGAUUCUCUGCCAUUUAGGGGUCAAAUCACUUUGUUCCUGCAGCCCUAGUCAUGCCUCCCUGCAUGUGGCCUUCCAAAUACUUCCUGUAAAGAGUCAUCUAAUGUUUACACUUCCUUUAUUGCAAAUUCUGUUUUAUUUUGAGUUUAUCUCCUGCUCUGUUAAUACGCUUGCUAGACCUUGCAGGAGAUUAAAGUUAAAUUUACAGAGCAAGAGUUAAACAAUUCUAAAGUAAGUUAUCAUCUGAUUGAAUAUGAAACCAUAUUGUUUUCACGCAGGCUGUCUCAGUCAUAGCCAGGGAAGGUGUGGCUAGGGCUGCUUAAAGAGAAACAGAAGUUAUUUAACUCCUAAAUUGAACAGAGACACUGCAGGGGCAUGAUUUAUACACCAAAACUGCUUCAUUACGCUAAAGUUGUUUUGGUGACUAUAAUGUCACUUUAACCUGUUCUGUGAUUGUGUUUGGCGUUUCAUAUUUUUACCUUUUUUAAAUUUAGAUAUGUUUAUGGACAUUUUUAGCAUGUGAUACUAAGAUAAUGAUGUAUAUUUGUAAAGUAGUGUCUAGUAAAACUGUAUAUUUCUCUCACAGCAAAUCUCUUUCAGAAGCCAGAGGUGUCUGGCGUUAAGUUUCUAUUCCUGGUGGGUGGAUUUGCAGAGUCCCCGUUGCUUCAACAGGCUGUUCAACAGGCAUUUGGAGACCAGUGUCGUGUCAUAAUUCCCCACGAUGUAGGAUUAACUAUCCUAAAAGGCGCUGUCUUGUUUGGUCUUGAUCCUGGCGUGAUCAAGGUACGACGCUCUCCAAUGACCUACGGGGUUGGUGUAUUAAAUCGGUAUGUGGAAGGCAAGCACCCACCAGAAAAGCUUCUACUGAAGGAUGGAACCCGGUGGUGCACUGAUGUCCUAGAUAAAUUUAUCUUAGCUGAUCAGUCAGUGGCUCUUGGUGAAACAGUGAAACGGAGUUACACUCCUGCUAAACCUUCACAGCUAAUGAUCAUCAUCAACAUCUACAGCUCAGAACGCGAUGAUGUCAAUUUUCUUACGGAUCCUGGAGUUAAAAAAUGUGGCACACUCAGACUGGAUCUGACAGGCAGUGAAGGCUCACCAAUUCUGAACCGCCGAGAGAUACAGACCAUCAUGCAGUUUGGAGAUACUGAGAUCAAAGUCAUGGCAGUUGACAUUGCCACAUCUAAAAGUGUAAAAGUCUGCAUUGAUUUCUUGAAUUAGAAUGUCUUUCAAAUUACACAUUGAUGUCCACUCUUACAACGUCCAAUGUGCGUUCUCCAAGAGCCACUAAGCCAAGCUCCCGGUAGUUUGGAACCUAGUCCUAUUUAGAGAACUUUAAUCUGUAUGUUGCAAUUAUAUAUUGGGGUAAAAAAAAGGGAAAGUUAAAUCAAAAUUACAAAAUUGAUCUUGAAAAUGAAUUUUACUAUUUCUAAAAAAAUGUAUUUCUUCUCCCAAACAAUGACUGGUGUCAGCCCAACGUAUUAUACAGAGCAUCCGAGCUCAUCACUGAUACCUAGAGUAAUCUUGUUGGUCCUUACUUUAUGUCACCUCCUUCUUUCCAUACAGAGCGAGGGGGCACAGUUAGAGAAACACUGCCAGUUUCAUCCUUUUCUCCUAAGCAUGAGGUUGAAAUCCUUUUUCUUCCUUUGAAUCCCCUUAUAAGCAAAAUCUGAGCCUGUCAGAAGUUUUACUGAACUUGGGUUUUGGUGAUAUCAUUGUUUAAGGCUUGAAUGUUUAUUUUUUAGGAAACAAGAACAUUGAGAGUACAGUUCUGGAAUACUUUGGCCUCAGUUUGACCGCCGUUGUAAUGCCAUACAAGGUUAAUGCAUUUACAAAACUGCAAAAAAUAUCUGAUUGUUGUUGGCUGUAAAUUUGCAGCUUAUGCAGUGGUACAUUUUUCUGCCAAAUAUGGUCCUCCAUUUUCAAUGGAAAUAUGGUGCAUAUCCUAUAAAUUCCUGCCUACCACUUGCCAGUAGUUUUAUUCAUAAAAAGGUAAUUGGCUAAUAAAAGCUGCAGCAGGUGCAUACAUGGUUUUUCACGGUUGACGCUAUUAGCAGGUUCACACAUGGUUUUUCAUGGUUGAAGCUAUUAGCAGGUUCAUACAUGGUUUUUCAUGGUUGAAGCUAUUAGCAGGUUCAAACAUGGUUUUUCAUGGUUGAAGCUAUUAGCAGGUUCAUACAUGGUUUUUCAUGGUUGAAGCUAUUAGCAGGUUCAUACAUGGUUUUUCAUGGUUGAAGCUAUUAGCAGGUUCAUACAUGGUUUUUCAUGGUUGACGCUAUUAGCAGGUUCAUACAUGGUUUUUCAUGGUUGAAGCUAUUAGCAGGUUCAUACAUGGUUUUUCAUGGAUGAAGCUAUUAGCAGGUUCAUACAUGGUUUUUCACGGUUGACGCUAUUAGCAGGUUCAUACAUGGUUUUUCAUGGUUGACGCUAUUAGCAGGUUCAUACAUGGUUUUUCAUGGUUGAAGCUAUUAGCAGGUUCAUACAUGGUUUUUCAUGGUUGAAGCUAUUAGCAGGUUCAUACAUGGUUUUUCAUGGUUGAAGCUAUUAGCAGGUUCAUACAUGGUUUUUCACGGUUGACGCUAUUAGCAGGUUCAUACAUGGUUUUUCACGGUUGACGCUAUUAGCAGGUUCAUACAUGGUUUUUCAUGGAUGAAGCUAUUAGCAGGUUCAUACAUGGUUUUUCAUGGUUGAAGCUAUUAGCAGGUUCAUACAUGGUUUUUCAUGGAUGAAGCUAUUAGCAGGUUCAUACAUGGUUUUUCAUGGUUGAAGCUAUUAGCUGCUGCAGUACAAACUGACUCAUACAAAGUUAUGGAAAAGUUUGUACAUUUAAAGAGGACUUAUUCCUAGGGGAAACAUAGUUAUAUAAUAUGUAACUACAGUUAUCUUCUCACGGUGUAGCUGAAAUUCCAGCAGACACAGGAUCAAGGGACAGACAUACGUGGAACAUGGACAGUUGUGGUAUGUGUCAUUUUAUUGACACAUCAAAAAUGAAACACCCAAAUAAUUGUUAUGUGUUCAAAGUGGACCUGACAUAUGCAAAGUCCAGGGUAGACCAGAAGAGAUUUGUUUUAAUUAAAAAAAAGAUGGGAAUCCUGAGAUGAGCUGGCCAGUCCAUGAAUAAGUGAUUUUCAUCUGAUAUGAUCACUCAAAUAAAGAGAUAAUCAAUCUCAUGAAAGGUUGGCGAGCACUAUAAUUUUUAGGUGGAGGGGUGGAAUUCCAAUAUAUUCUGCUGUGUGCCUUUACCUAUAGCUGUAGAACUCUGUUAUCUUUUUUCCUUAAAAAUGUGAAACAAAAAAUGACCUUAAAAUAGCCCUUAUAGUAAUGAUGUCAAAAUUGUGAAGAAUUGCAAGGAAUUAAUCUAAGGCUUGUUGACACCUUUCAAAUAUCUCCUGGGCUUGGUCAGUAGACUCCAUUUCUCUGACUGUAAUAGAUUCCAAAUAAAGAGCGGGGAGUUUUAGUUCCUCCACUUUAUUAAAAAAUAACAUUAUUCGUUUAAUUCCCUCCUCCCCAUGUUUAUAAUACAGCUGAUUUAUGAGACUCUCACAGGUUGAAUUAUUUCAGACAUUUAGUAUAUUGAUAGCGACUUGGAUUCAAACCCGAUGUUUUGGCUCAGAGAGCAUAUUCCACCCUUAGAGUGGGAUACCAUCUUAAAAUAUUGGCCAUGCCAUAAAAAAAAACCUAGAAAAACAAAUAAAUGUAUUAAACAUAGUUUGAGUGUUAAACUAAUAAGCAAUACAAUACGAUAUCUGGAGGUAUGUGGCUUACCACGGUUUGUCUCCAGAUUAUAUAAAGUGGCAAAAAGGUAAAAAAAUAAACUAAAAUAUUACAGACACUUACCUGGUUUAAGUCACUAGAGUGGACCCCAUCAGAACUGACACUAGUUUAAGCCUCAGCUGAUACGUUCAAUAUGCAUGUUUUAUAUAGUAACGGCAAACCAUUGCUCACAGCUACACUACGGCAUGACGCUUCCAGGUAGCGUACCCCUUGGCCAUAUCUACUCACAAUGUGCCCUUCUUGGCCCUCGAUGUGCUUAUGAAUGUUAAUUACUGAAGCACAUCGGGUCCAUAGAAAAAUGAUGGAUGUGUUUUAGGAACAGAAUGCUUGUUGGUUUUACACGAUUUGCUUAGAGCGUAACCCCCGCAAAUGCUUCUAUCAUGAAAUGGCUAUUACACCAAACACUGUUUAAGGGAACUAGCAGAUAAUUAAACACAGUAUAAUUGUUUAUUUUUUAAUUACCUCAGAUAGGCUUCAAUUAAGCAAAUUCAGUAAUAUUUCUUUUUUUUUUCUUUUUUCUAAUUUUAGUCCCUUGGUAAAUAAAUGAAAGUUAAGAUGUAGGUAUGAGCCUAGAUGGUGAUAUUUACAAAAGGAUAAACCUGGUUUUAGACAAAUUAUCCACUGGGCGGAUCUAUUAGCCUAAUGCGCUGAUAUAUUGAUCAUGUGAAAUGCAAUAUCAGGGGCAAGCGGGUUUCCCAACCAUCUAUCUUGUAACCAGGAGCCGUUUUGCUUCCUAAGUUCGCUUCUUUUAAAUAUAAAUUUCUAAUUAUUAAAUUACUUUAAAAAUGUUGUAUAAAUAAAAAUGAAUGUUCAUUGUUGACUCUUUAUUUAUGCGUUGGAGAACUAAAUUGGUGGCCACCCCAUCAUUUCUUCUGACAUGUCUUUUAUAUAUAAAAAGCUUUGUACCUGUACUCACACACUAUUACACUUACUGUAAUAAAUCAUUGUUAUUUUAUUCAUCUGCAUCGUUUUCCUUUAAGGAAAUUGUUUUGUUAAUUAAGUAAAUGAAACCUUGUUAUACUCCUGUUACUUUGCCCAUCUUCUUUAAUUCAAUGUUUAAUGACUUGGAAUAUCUGCAACUUAAUUAUUUAUCAGUUUUUAAACGCAGUCUGAAUCGUUGCAAUUUCAAUUUUUGUUGCCUUCUCAUUCUCUGAUUUACGUUUCGUUAUACUACAUCAAAAUCAUAAAGAAAAAAAUAGGAGUUUUAUUUGCUGAACACCAAAUUUUUCAGCCAGAUUCACUCUGGAUAAUCCGGCUGAUCAAAAUGAAUUCCCGGCAUUUCCUAUAUUUACAACAUUUCUUCGUUGCCAGCACAACCUAAUUUCCAGGCUGGUGGCCACCAACUAUGUCACUGAAAUGGAAUAUUUGGCUGUAUAUUUCAAUGAUUUGACUCCAGAUUUUGAAAAGUUGUAGGUCAAAAUCCACUCUCCAUUAAAGUUAAUUCUGUCUGUAUUGAACACAGUGAGAGCCAGAGAUGUGAAUGGAGAGAAAUUUCGGUUUAGUUGAAUAAUUUUUCCGAAGUUAGAAAAUGUUUUGGGACACCCGCAAUUCGGUCAGAUAUUAGUUUGCCCGAAUGUUGAUUCAGAAACUAAAUACAAAUAAUCAAGUCACAAAGGGGCGUGAUAAUCUGCCAGUCAGUGUGCUGUAAAAUAUUAUAGGGCAGAAUUUAGACCACCCCCUGAAAGUGGUUGGCGUUUGGUGUUUUGGUCUGUCCGUAAUUUGAAUAUAUAUUUCUGCUUGAAUUUAAGAAUUCUGCAGAAUACCCAAUUGACCCAAGUUCGGCCAAAUUGCAGUUUGGUCCGAAAUUAAUCUCCAAGUUUAGUCAGAUCAAUGUCUGCAUUUUGUGGUCCAAGUGCCUCGGAUGAUACCAGUUUAUUAUAAUAUUCCAGACUGGAGACAUCUGGAGUUUAGUAAAUAAACACAAAUGACAGAUAAUCCUAAUUCAAUUUCACUAUUUAUAUCGUAAAAACCCCAUUAUCCUUAUUCAAUUAGGUAUCUCAGUCUUGCAAAAUAACGUGUUCCUGCAAUAAAUACUUUCUCGUUUGUCUCAAAUCACUAAGUGUUUGUCUUUCGAUUCCUUGUCAGUAAGAUCAGAUAUUACUUUAUGUAUGUUUGUGUACAUGCACUAUUUAAAAUUGUACAGAAAUGUUUGUUUCAAUUAAAUCAUAUACGCUGUCUUUUUUUAACUUGAAAUCCUUUAUUCCUUUGAGUUCUUAUCAAUGUAUAUUUUUAUCUGUUUCUUAUACAUUUGCUGUUUUUGUGUGAAACCUCAGGCUUCCUAUUUCAGAAUUGAUCGAAAGAGCGUUUAUACCCUCCAGGUGAUGUUGAGCAAUAAGUACUGCUGUAAGUCCCACCAGUUUGAUAACUAUAUUCUACGGAGUUAAAUAAUAUUAACUCAAUACAUGUAUUAUAUAUUGUAUACACGUUAUUGAAUAGAAAACAAGUCCAGAACUUGGCAGCAGGGGGCUCCUGUGAGUAAUUGUUUUUUCCUGAGUCCUCUGUUUUUUAUUCAAUAACAUUUAGACUAAACAUGGUACAAACAUGGUAUUAAUAUCAGUCAAAAUGGAAAACAUUUAAUUGGACAUAUUAUUAACAUUACAUCUCUUCUUUGAGUUUCAAAUCAAACUUUGGUUUUAUGUUUACACUCCAAUAUGUUGUUAAAUGUUUGUUUUAAUAACGCAAACUUCACUCAGAGCCUGUAAAUAAUUUGUGUGGAGCUGCAUUACGUAUCUGCAAAUCAAUAAAAACGGAAAACGAUGUCAAACGCA